GUUCUAUUAGGAAUGUCUACUUUAUGUUGAUGAGAAAGAGGUGGAGAAGCAGCGCGUUGUUAUGAAAACGCAGAACGUCUGCGUCGAGCUGAGCGCUGGGCGGGUUCUGGCGGCGAUGUGGGAACUUUAACUAGAAAUAAGAUUCCUGCAACUUGAGGUGUGUUUUGUAUGGAGUUGUUGUUGAUAAUAAUAAUAAUAAUAAUAAUAAUAAUAAUAAUAUUACUUUUCUAGAAAUUCAGAAUAGCUCCACAACGGACAGUGACGGAGGGUGGGGGGAAGCAAGAGAACAAGUCCACUGCAGCCUUUCAACAAGCUGCUUAGGAGCCCUGGUAUACAAAAUGUUGGCAACAAUAUAUGCUUCGAAGGACACAUUAAACACUUAGCUGCAUUUCAGAGUUGUCAGGAAGCGCCCUCUCUCAAGCACCCCUCUCCCAUCAAUGCUAGACCAACCCUAGGGAACGUUGCAGGUUGUUGCAAACUCAUCAGUCAUAUGGACAACGGAGCACCCCUACAAGGGAGCAAGCCCCGCUGGAAACCCUGGGACUAACUUCCAAGUAAAUGUCUACACUAUAGGAUUAGCGGGCGAGUCACGUUCGCCUUUUAACUGCGAUGUAGGGAGUAAUUAUAGUGACCUAUAUAAUCCACACUCCUUUCUCAAUUGACAGCGCAGUGCAAAGACCUGGCUGGCGACUCUGCUGGGCUUUCGUCAGCAGCUCUCUCCCAACCACAUCCUCUUCAGCUUGCAGCACGAGGAUUAAAAUGUAAGUUGCAUUUGUCAUUUGCAACACGUUGCUUUUGUUCACGAGCAUUAAGGUGCCUGGUUUAAAGGGGGGGCUCCCUCUCUUGCUUCUGCAGGGAAGGGGUGGGCGGGGAGAGAGAGAGAGAGGCGAUGCUCUGCUACCCAAUCAUAGCUGCGCUGAAAGCCUUGGAUGUAUCACGUUUGCUCCGCAGCGGGGGUGGGAAAGGAAAAUAGCAUCAAAGGAAACCCGGAAGUUCUUUCUCCGGGCUAUGAAAUUCCCCAUCUAACCCUUUAUCUCUCUACGGAGCCUACAAUAGGUGUACUGUGAGGCAAAGCAGCGUAGGCGGGGAAGAGGCUUGAGGGGGUCAAGGGUGGCGGAGGGGGCGUGGCCGCGGCUGCAGCGCCCCCUGCUCCUUUCUCAAUGGGAAGGAAGUAAAGCAAUAACAGCGGCGGAGGAGGCGGAGGCAGCAGAAGCAGCGGCGGCUGGCUCAGGUGAGGACAUCGGGAUGGCGGCGGGAGGGAUAUUCCAAACACCCCCCCCCCGCGGCACCGCGUCACAUCGCACAGCCCCAAAACUACUAGUCUGUCUCCAAGGCUGCCCCGAAGGGCACCAAUGGAAAAAGGGGGGCGGGCCCAGAAUGGAAAGAGCGUGUUGCUGAGCGUGGACGGCACGCGGGGGCCAGUUUCUCUCUGUGUGUGUUGCGCGCGGGCGGGCGGGCGCGCGCCCGUUAGUUACCCUCCCCGCCCCCUCCCUCCAGCCCAACUGCCGUUUUUCUCGUCACGCCGCCUUCGCCUUCCCUGAGUUGCAGGGGCGCGAGGAGAAGGGAAAGGGAGCUCUGGCGUCCCCCGUACCCCCCACCCCACGUCCCGGUUCUGUAUGCAGGGCUCCCUCGAGUAAAUAAUAAUAAAUAAAGGAGCGGGAAGAAAGAGAAGGCGUUUUGUUCUCGCCUCCGGUUCUUACGCUUUAAUUGCUCAAGUAGAAGAAACUCCGCCUCAGGCCACCUCGACGAACCUAUUUUCGCGCGGCUUCACAGACGCCGCCUGUCUUCUCUUUAAUUCAGCCCGUGUUUAAAAAAAAUUUAAUAUGGUCUAUCUGUCUAUCUAUGUCUUCUCUUUAAUUCAUAUGUGGACCAUGUUAAUUUUUUUUAAACACGGGCUGAAAUAAAGAGAAGACAGGCAUAUAUACGCGCAGCCGCCCAGAGUGGCUGGAGCAACCCAGUCAUAGGGGGCGGGGCGGGGUACAAAUAAUGAAAUAAUGGUCGGCGUUGUUCUCAUUAACAUAGAAGCUUGGGGAGGUGUUUUAUUCUGCGCAUCGCACAAGUCCAUAUGUGGCUCUUGCUGCUUAACUGGUCCCAGCGGGCAAGGAAACUUUUUCCCUCAGCCCCCCUUGGGCUGCUAUGCUACAGGCAGCGCCGACGAGGCUCUGGGAGUCAAGGUCGUCAGGCUCCGCAUUUCCCGCCUCCUCCUCCUCCAGUCCUUGGCGGGCGCUGCUUUCUCUCGCCUCUGCAGCAGCAGCAGCAGCGGGGGCGUCGGCACGUGGAGGCGCAGUGCAGCUGACCUUCGCGUUCCUUUUUUCCUGGCAAGAUAUGUACAGGGCAAGACAGUUGGGGCACUUUUCUUCUUUUUUUAAUCUGGUGCUGAAGUGACUUCAAAGCAAUCCCUUACAAUCUAUUGCAGCCUAACAGGAUGCCCCCCUCUGGAAUUUGUCACAGGGGCACUCACACACACACACACACAAACGCACAAGGUUGUACAUCUGGGUACCCAGAGUUUAAAUGCAUGACCUUUCGCACAACCCUUUCAAACACAUGCAUUUGGAGAGGACCCCGAACUUGGCAGAGAGAGAGGAGACCUGGAGUACAUGACAAGACUUGUGUCAAUACAGGACAUAGCACUUGACAUUGAAAUGCAGGGCAAUCCUGUAUUAAACAGGACAGGUGGCAACCUAGGGUUGGGGGGACGGUGGGGUGGUGGGGUGUGUCUUUCUCUCCGCCACCCGCUACAAGCACAUAACUACAUAUUUGCAACGUAAAUUAAUGCUGCCACAAUAGCUGGGACAAGCUGCCUUGGGAGUCUGUCUGUUGCACAUACAGACCAUUGGCUUGAUGUUAUCCACUCAAUUCUUAACUUGCUGCACAUUCAUUGGUGUCUGAUACACAGUGCUAUUCUUCUAGGGGUGGGUGGGAAAGGUGUCAGUGCUGGAAGCCACCCAGAGUGGCAUGAGGUAACAAUAAUGAAAUUAUUAUUAUUUUAUUUUUACCAGCCCUUUUCAUCUAGAAAAAAGUGCCUUUACUGUGUACCCAGAAAAAAAUAAUACAUAGAAUUAUAAAAGUGUAGAGUUGGAAGAGACCCUGAGGAUCACCUAGUCAAACCCCCUCAAAUGCAGGAAUCUUUUGCCCAGUGUGGGGCUCAAACUCACAACUCCAAGAUUACGUCUCAUGCACUACCAACUGAAGAGGGUGCGGGGUGGGGAAGCAACACUGCUGAUAUGUAUCUUUCUGCAGUCCACUAUAAGCAACUUUCAAACUGGUAUGGGAAGGACAUUUUAGAGACAUCAAGUGACAUGGAGAGGGUACCUGGUAUACUUGAGCCUGUUGCAUUAAAGUAAAUAAGUUUUACUAGAACUCAUUAAUGGCAUUGAAGUGUAAUAAGUCUGAGAGAGCCGUUGACUCAGGUAUAUUUAGGCUGGUUGUUAAGAGAUGAUGAAGGAAGGCCGUUUGCACAACAAAUGGAGAUCAAAUUAACAGCCUGAUAAGUUAGAGUUAGGUGACCCUAAGCUAUUUUAAAUUGAUGUGAGUUUAAGCACACCUAAUUCUGCAUUGGAUCAAGCUAUAAAAGGGAGGUAUUGCAGUUUCAUCCCUACUAUGUUGGCUUAAAAGUAAGCCCCGUCUUUUUCAGGAUUUACUGGCAAGUUAAAGGUGCAAAACUUAAACCCACUUACCUGGGAGAAAGCCACAAGGAAUUCAAUAGAACUUGCUUCCGAAUGGAGAUGAUUAGGGUUGUACCAUAAAUAUAUUUAGGAUUGUAACCAUAGAUAGCUAGUCUAGAAGCAAAGGAUAAACAUGAAAGUAUGACAGUGACAAAAAGAAUGCAAUAGAUGUGAAACCUUGUUUCUACUUGGAUUAUGUAGAACUUUCUUUGGGAACAGUGUUACAGAGUUACUUCUCAUGCUUCUGAGUUUCAAAUAGAUUAAGUCCCUGUUGCCAUCUGUCUUGUUCUAAAGUCUAUCCAGUGUUAGCCUUACUCAGAGCAGACUCACUGAAACUCAUGGAUGUGACAUAUUUAGCUCCAUAAUUUCCAUGAGUCCCUUCUGGGUAUAAUAUAGUUGUAUGCAAUGUGUGUUUAUGUUCCAAGAAAACAGUGUCUCUCUUUGUGAAACAAGCUUAAAUAGCUAUUUUAAAAAAUUGAAACAUGUAGCAAAGAAUUAGUUACAUAAAAACAGGUACAAAUAACAUCUUUAAAAACAAUGGAAUUAACAUAUUAAAAACAUGAAGAUUUCUGCUGCAUAUCUAGAGUUCAGAUAACUAUUGCAUGUGCUCCUCCUGCAAGCUUCCUUGCUGUAGUUUCCAUCAGCACAUCUAUUUUAAACAGAACCAAAUGACCUUGAGCAGGCUGCCUUUCAGACUUAAGUUUUUUGUAAAGUGUGCAAACCAUGAAAAUAGUUUCAAUAUUUACUAGCAAUGCCUUUUGAGCUAUUAACAAAACCAGCAGGAUUACUCUGCUUCUUCUUUAUUAUAAUAACAUUCAUUUAGAUUUGCUCUUGAAGUAACUAAAGGUUUAUGUUCUUUUUAUAUUAAAUUGCCUAAUUCUGCAAAAAGGAGAACAAAUGUAUCUACAGUUGCAGUUUCGUUGUGGUGUCAAGGUAAUGUGAAACUAGAAUGAUACAAGUUUGUUUUACAAAUAAAGUUAUAUAGAUCACUGCAGCAUGUUAUGCAUAGGGCUGCCUCUGAAGACAGUUCAGAAACUUCUGCUGGUGCAGAAUUUCAGUGGCUAGGUUGCUCACCACAGCAAGACGGUUUGAGCAUAUUACACUGAUCCUGGCUCGACUGCACUGGCUGCCAAUUUAGGUUUCCAGGACCAAUUCAAAGUGCUGGUUUUGACCUAUAAAGCCUUAAACUGCUGAGGACCGCAAUACCUCAAGGACCGCCUUUCUCCAUCUGAACCUAACCAGACCUUGCAAACUUCAUCUGAACCCCUUCUUCGUGUAUCUCCUCCAUGAGAAGUCUGGAGGGUGGCAACACAAGAACAGGCCUUUUCUGCAAUGCCCCCUGUUUGUGGAAUGCUCACCCCUGGGAGGCUCACCUGGUACCUUUAUUACAUAUAUUUAGGCUCCAGGCAAAAAAGUUUCUCUCUAAGCAGUUCUUUGGCUGAUUAGCAUUCUGUGGCCUGUCAAAUACGUUUGUAGAAGGCGUAAAGGUAAAGGGACCCCUGACCAUUAGGUCCAGUCGUGACCGACUCUGGGGUUGCGGCGCUCAUCUCGCUUUAUUGGCCGAGGGAGCCGGCGUACAGCUUCCGGGUCAUGUGGCCAGCAUGACUAAGCCGCUUCUGGCGAACCAGAGCAGUGCACGGAAACGCCGUUUACCUUCCCGCCAGAGCAGUUCCUAUUUAUCUACUUGCACUUUGACGUGCUUUCGAACUGCUAGGUUGGCAGGAGCAGGGGCCGAGCAAUGGGAGCUCACCCCGUUGCAGGGAUUCGAACUGCCGACCUUCUGAUUGGCAAGUGCUAGGCUCUCUGGUUUAACCCACAGCGUGUGUGGUUAACCCACAGUGUAGAAGGGGUACUAUUGGUUUAUUUUUGUUUUAUUGCAUACUUUGUGUUCUGUUUUUGUUUUAUUAUGUAUUUUGCAUUCUCAUUUUGUAUUUUUAAGUUGUGAACAGUCCUGUGAUCUUCGGACGAAGGGUGGUAUACAAUAUAUGCUGCUAAUCCAAUUAAAGAGGUUCGUUAGGUUUGAGCGAGAGUAGAAUAAAUAAAACAUGGUAAUUUCAUCAGACCUAAUUAAUCCAAAAUAUGUUUAGGAUCUCAUUAAAGCUAAAAGAGAAAAUAAUUGAAGGGUGGCAGGCAUGUAACAAUUUUGCUUCCCAGCACCACCUGCUUUUGUUACCAUGUCUGGGACUAGGCGAGUAAUAAACAGCAACCACCCAGUGUGGAAGUCCUGGCCUAGCUGGAACUAACAUCUUGAGGCUUAAACAGUCAGUUCUAGGCCAGUAGAUUUAGCUGCAGAAAUACAUACUAUUAUUAUUUUGGAAAGUUGGAGAACAAGAAGAGGGACUUAAAUAUUCCUUUGUCUUCCUGUGGUGACUAUUGUAGCAACGUCUAUUUUAUUAUGUUUUAAAUAUACUGUAAGCCACCUCAAGAACUUUGGUUAGAAUGUUGGGUAUAAAUACUUCUAAAUAAUAAAUAGUUUGUUUGUUUACCUGAAGAUGUGAAGGGUUUUUAAAUUUUAAAAGAAAACAAAAUAAAUAGUUGAAUUUACUAUCAUGUCAACAAACAGAAAGAAGGGAAAUGCAGUUCUCAUGGAGCAAGGGCAGAUUAUUUUUUUAAAAACUGGAGUUGACAACUGGCAAUAUUAUUUACUUUGUGUUUAUGGUAGGCUUAACAGCUUUUGUGUUUGGCCGUUCAGGUGCAAAUAUUUAUUAUUUAGAUAUAUUCUUAGUUCUGGCAUUUUGAUAUGUGAUCUGAGAGUGAGGCGGCAGAUAUUUGUAAGGAACCAUUUCUGGGAAAUUAUUUUCCAGCAUUAACCACAUGUAUAGCUGAAUUGUAUGCACUUGACAGCAAAUCUCAUUCAAUUUAGUGGAAUUUAUCAGAAAACAUGCUUCAAUUGGGUUGGAGCAGAGCAGUGGAAUUUGUGGCAGAAGAAUGGAAAAAUCCAGAGCGGUGGCUGCAGGACUGGUGUAUAUUUCCAUUGUUGUGGAAAUGGACAACUACAGGGCUUGCUUGAUUUACCCCCUAUUGUGUAAGAGAUGGUUUCAGGUGUUCCCGUGGCUGCAAUGAAGAGGUCUCCAGGAUGGACCUCAUUCUCUACCAGCAGAGAGAGAGGCCACAAUAUCCUAAGACCCCUUGGAUGCCUUGCAGAUACCUUAUUUUUAUUCUGUUUAAGAUAGAAUGCAUUGAAAAGCAAUAAACAUACAAUGCUUUGUAAGACAUGACCUUUAGUUCUGUGCAUGUAGUAUGUCACUAUAAAUAAUAAAUCCCUCUUUGGACGUGUUUAUAUAGACCUUGAAAUUAAUAUGUUUUCCAGCUUUGAUUCAUAUUCAGUCUCCAGCGUCAGUUUCAAACUCCAAUUAAUGUUUCUUUCUUACAAGCCAAUCACAUGUACGAUUACUCAGAACAAUAUUACUAAGGGUACUAUCUGAGACUUAGUCCUGAGUAAUUGUGUGUAGGAUUAAGCUGCUUUUUUAAAAAAUCGCUACUGUAUCUUACAAUAUUGUAUCUUCCCAUAAUCUACUUUUGCAUAUAUGUGCUGUCUUGUCCUUGAUCACAACAGAAACCUAUUCAUGUCUGAAUCUUUCUUUUAUCCUAGGAGGUGAACUGAUGAUGAGCACUGUCCAGUGCUAGAACUAACUGAAAAGGGAACUCUUUAGCAAAUAUGCUGUUUUGUGGCUUUUGGUUUCUACAUAGUUCAGCUUUCCACUUUAACUCUCGGUAAGAGAAUAACAUGUUCUGGGCAAUUGUAUAAUAUAAAUUUCUGAAGUUGUAAAAUUUUCUGCAUCAUUUGUUUUGGUGGGAUUAUUUAAACGAAAAUUGUUUUGAAAUGUUUGUUAAGUAGUGAUCCUUCUAACUAGCAGUGCUUCUCAUCUGUGGCAGUAUCAACACUAUCAGAACAAUAAAGGUCCCUUACAUGGACAUCUGUGGAGAGGAAGAGCUACAAUCCCCUGAUUCCCAGCUUUCAUUUUUUUAAAAGUAAAUUUCUAGCAUUUGUGGGACCAAACAAGCAGCCACUAUUCUCAUUGGUUUUGUGAGAAACAAGCCUGCUCCUGCCAUUCAGUGUUUUUAGACGAUGAAAUCAUAGUCAUUACUGACAUUUAGGAAAGCAUAUCUAACUAAUAAGAAAAAAAAGGCUAGAAUGAAACACCCAUUGUCUAAAAUUAAGAAACUUAAUUCCUUGGUCCAUUUUAAAGUCUUUUAUGCUGGUCUUCUCUGGUGAAGUGUUGCAGCCUCAUAGAAAACUAAAAUUCAAGGUUUUAGUAUAGCUGAGAUUUGGGGCGUAAAGUCAAAACAAUAGAUAGUAGUAAAGACAAGUUGUAAGUCUGGUCUUAUCUCAUACAAAAAUGUGAUUUUUCAGAGUUUGUAAACAUUUUAAAAAUAAUACCAGUUCAGAUAAGUCACAUCAUUAUUGCAUUUUUUUUGCAGAGGCUAAGAGAGCCUUGUGUUACACCAGAUCUGCAACGCGGGGUUCAUAAUACUGUUUUUGUUGGGGAGAGGGGGGUUAAAGUAGUGUGUGAAAACAGUGAAGCGUCAUCCAGUGUUGUUGUUGUGACUUUCUUGUUGUUUUAUUUAGUACUUUACAGUGAAAAGAGGGCUGUGAAGUUGAUUGUAGCAGAAGUACAAUUAAAGUUUGGAGGAGGUGAAGGUAGUCAGGGAAAGAACAGAGAUUCAGCAGUGCAUGGAAAGCCAUUGUAUGGAUGUGGUGUCCAUUCUAUCCAUAGAUCCACAGCAGGUCUUUUCCACUGAAAGGAAGUUCUGAUACUUCAAACCUAGAUUCUUAUGAGGUUGAUUUUAAUUAUGGUUGGCACCCAGAGAAGGAUUUGUGUGAACAGAAGGCAGUUCUCCAUGAAUACAGCUUCCCAUCUGAUUUCUGCAGAUUUUACCCUACUACAUCUAACUGUGCCAGAUCAUUUAAUGUUCCAGAAUGUCCCCCAAACCUCCAGAGAAACCUUUGUGGGGAGGGGUUACAAGGAGUUGUGAGAGGAAGGUCAAAGCCAUGCAGUGCAAGUAAAGUUCUACUUGUAUAUCUCAUCACUUAGGUUUAAAAGGAAGAGUUGUCUUUACCAUGGUGGACUGAGUGUAUUUUAGCUACUCACCCCAUGUCCCUUGUCUCAGAGGUCCUUAGUGGGAGCUGUUGCUUCCAACUACAAGAAAGGAAAAGUAUGCCUCCAUCAUGGCCCGAUGCCUUAGUUUCUGAAUACCCCAGAGUAUUUUAUGAACAUUCUUAAGUGCAGAGGAGGAAAAGUCAGUUGUGGAAUGUUGAUGAUCAGUUCAUGAUGUUUUGUGAAAGAGGUGGGAGAUAGCUUUGGCUGGAAGAAAAACAUCUUUUCAUGGCUCAACAAGGGCAGUUCCAUGGACUGUAAAUACAAGAUAGAGUUCGAAAUCUGUCAUAUGUCCUUAGGAAAAGGUGAGGAAACUAAAGGGCAGUAUGAAGUGUGGGCAGCAAAUCCCUUAUGUGAUCCUGUGCACACAACUUAAAUCAGUGUGACCUACUUUUCAGUAAAUAUUCAUAAUAAUUGUAACAUGAUCAUAUGUGUGUGUGUGUGUUGAAAUAGGUGCUCUUCAAAUGCUUCCAGAAAUUUUGGGUUGGACCAUGUUAGCCUGUCAAAAUACUACUUUAUGCGCUACUGAAAUUGGUGCAAGAUUUGGUUAACAUAAGAAACUAUACCACUGCUUUCUGUCAUGUUAAGAACAAGCAAUGAAACCUAUGAAGUUCUGGUUUAAAAAACAUGCAAGGUUUAAGCAUGUGAGGAAAUGCAUGGACAUUGACCCCUAGAAAAAACUUCACCCUUGCCAGGCUAUAAAUAACGCAACAGAAGAGCUGUCAGAGCCAGUUGUUCUGUAGUGAUGAGUUCAUUUAUGCCUGGGAUUUUCAACUUUCUUGGAUUAUAAAAUCCUUUUACCUUUUGAAGGCUAUUAAAUCCCUUCUCAUUAAAUUCACGUUACACUUUAUUGCCUUCUCCCAGCUGCAUUGGCCUGAGUCAUGCAUGGUAAACCAUAGGGCUGUUAGUCUCCUCCCUGCUUGAGCUGGAAAUUGACUGCAGUUUAGUUUUAUUUGCUUUGCUUUUUCCCCUGCACCCCACUUUCAAUAAUUUUUUAUUGCCUUGGAGGUUGUAGGUUCCCUAAGUCCUGAGAAUUUGUUUAGCAACUUGGUAACAUUUUGGAGCAUAUCUUCAGGCUCCUAGCCACAGUGCAUUUUCCUUCAGAGGAACUAUGAAGCUACAAUCCAUAUUCCAUUUGCUAGAUCCCCAGUGGAUUCGGGUUGUUGUAUCAUAAGGGAUUCAGUUGGUGGAUAUAGCUAUAGGAACAUAGGGAGCAGUGAGAGGAGAACUGUGCCUUAUCUCAGAGACUACUUCUCGCUAGUCAGCCAUGACGCUUCUAGGUAUACAAAUGUUGUGACUUUUUAUUUGUUAAACUUUUAGCCCCUGAUUUUGCUGUUGCAUAAUGUUUGUAUUUGUUGGAGGACAGGGGGGAAAGCCUGGCACACAAAUGACUCAAUUUGCAAUUUAGGUUUACUCACAAAUGCUGUUACCACUUUGUUACUAAAUGUGGUAAAAUAUGACAUUAUGUUUCUGCAUUGCUUUUUCUCUUUGUCUACCAUUCCCAGAUGACUCUUGUUUUUCUACUUCCAUAGUUCUCAGGAGCAAUAAGUGGAUAUGAUUCAGCCUGUUAAAUGACACUUCCACUUUGUUUACAUGUUUAUCUUUCAAUAUAAAUUUUAUUUUUGGUGCUUUGUAUUGCUUGGCUAUUGUGAAUAAUAGCUUUGAAUUUUGCAGUAAGUUAAGUAUUUCUGGGUAGGUUAUCUUGAAUAUCUCUCAGUAACUCAUUACAGUAAGGAAUAUUUUCAAUCUUUUUACUUUUCUCUCUUUUACCAGGGUAGAAAUUUGCCAAAGUAUCUCAGGGAAGCGGUAACCUGCAUGGUUCUUCUUCACGAAUGUAACAACUCGAAACAAUGGACAGAUGAUAUCAAUUAAACUGCACUUGGCAGCUGACUUUAUCAGAGUAACAAGCAACUGCGUAAGCAGUGCCAGACGGCAAGGAUUUUUAUUACCCUAGCCACUGGGAAUUAUGUACAGUGUCUCAGUUCUCAGAGUGACUGCCGUUUCUACGUAGAUCUUUUCAGGAUUUGUAAUCAUGUCUGUUACUGCAACAGAAGGCGAAAUUCCUAGAUUUUUUGUGGGUGGUGAAGAUCCAGAUGAGUUUUUGAAUCCAUCCAGGUCUGCAGAAUUUGAAGCCUUUUAUGAUCAUGAAGAUGAAGACGAUGAAUAUGAUUCUGUAUGUACUUUGUUUCAUUGUUUGGGGGCAAGUAAUUGUUUGAGUUGAUAAGAUACUAAAGCGUUGUUAACAGAGAAGAUAGGAAAUGAGCAUAAAAAGCAAUAAGCACUAUGGCCCCAUUUCAGCAAAGUGUUUAAAUAUUUAGUUAGGUAUAGUUGUAAGGAAACACAUUGACAUUUGCUAAAUUAAAACCAAAUUGAUCAAGACCAGUUUCAGCAGUUUAUACAAUAUGUAGAAAUCACAAUUGAUAGCUUUUAGAAGAGUACCAAAGUUUCAUAAUUGCAAUAUUAAGAAACAGUUAUGGUUAAACUAACAUCUUAGAUUCUAAGAUUUGGAAAGAUUUAUGGAACAAGCUAUUUUAUUUCUUAAAAAUAGCUUUUAGUUACCGUUGCUGAAUGGUCAUUUUGAAGAAGGACAGUUAAAGUAGAAAUCAUAUAGUACUAAUAUCCUAGUUUCACUCUAGUUUCACUCUUGUUGACUAAAAUUUCAUUUAUUGGAUUGAAAGUUAAGUUUGUCACCUGUUUAAAUAAUAAAUACAGAAUAUAUUUAUUUCUUUUCCUAGCUGUGAAACAUUUUGUUGCUUCAAGUAUCAUCAUAGUCACGUACUAUUGUGGACACAUUCCAACACACUGCUGUCAUACAGCUUCUUACCACAGCUUCAUGGGCAUCCUUCACAAGUGACAUUGAAAUUAAUGGGGUUUCUGAAGCUGUCGCUUUGUAAAUUUAUUCCAGUCAGAAGAAUAUUUUUACUUGCAAGUGGUACUCUUAGAUUUACAUGGUUGGUUAAGUUUGUGGGAAGGUUGUAGAUGGGACAAAGCUAAUGCCUUUGUGAACAAUUUCACUUUUAAGAAAACUUGCAGCAUGGGCUUACUAUGUUUUAUGUUUUAUAUAUUAUCAUUCUUUCUGCAACCCUGCUUGUCAAUUAAGACUGUAUUCUUUACAAAGAGUAUUAAGGCAUAUUGUUUCCCUCAUAAAUAUGAAGAAUUUUUUACUGCAUAUUGCUUAGAGAAUGAAACUCUGAUAUCAGGUUACAUUCCCUGCCCCUUAAGCAUAAUAAAGGUUUGUGAAAUGAGCCUGUUGUUUAAUACUUAGUAAGAAUAUUGCAUGGUCAUUGUUCAGUUAGCAUAUGGUGAAAAGCUUUGAAACCCAAAUUUAUGUUACUGACCUUUUUAAAAUUAUUAUUACUAGCCACCGGAAAGACAGAUCAUGGUUGGAAUAUGUUCUAUGGCAAAGAAAUCGAAAUCAAAACCAAUGAAUGAAAUCCUUGAACGCCUUUCCAUGUUUAAAUAUAUCACAGUAGUAAUAUUUGAAGAAGAUGUGAUUUUGAAUGAACCUGUGGAAAACUGGCCUUUAUGUGAUUGUCUCAUUUCUUUUCAUUCUAAAGGUAAUUACUCUCUAUUGUUUGUUUGUUUGUUUGUUUGUUUGUUUGUUUAAUUUAUAUCCUUCCACUCCUCCCAAAGGAAGUCAGGGUGGCAAAUAUAUCAAUAAUAAAACACAUCAAUAAUCACAAUAAUGUAAAAUGUCUUCAUAUUGCAUGUAUUAAGUUUGAAUAUUUUUGCCUUUUUGGAAAUAAAUGUAAUUUUAGUAUUAGAAAAUAAAUUGCCUUAAGCAACACUAUUUUAAAAUGUUUAUAUGUGUGCAUAUAUUAAUUCAGUAGUUUGUAGUAAUCGAAGGGACAUAAUGUUUCAAUUAACUUGAUACUUCACUGUGGUCUAAAGUCUCUUGUGGUCUAAAGUCUCUUGGGCUUGCCGAUUGGAAGGUCGGUGGUUCAAAUACACACAACCGUGGUGAGCUGCCAUUGCUCUGUCCCAGCUUCUGCCAACCUAGCAGUUCAAAAGCAUACCAAUGCAAGUAGAUAAAUAGGUACAGCUACAGUGUGAAGGUAAACCGUAUUUCUGUGUGCUCUGGCACUCGUCACGGUCCUCCGUGUGCCAGUAGCGGUUUAGUCAUGCUGGCCACAUGACCCAGAAAGCUGUCUGUGGACAAAAGCUGGCUCCCUUAGCCUGAAAAAGCAAGAUAAGCGCCAUACCCCAAAAUCACCUUUGAUUGGACUUAACCGUCCAGGGGUCCUUUACCUUACCUAUAUGCUACAAAGCAGUGUCAACCUGUUUCACACUGCAAUAAAAAAACACUUCCUUGGAAGAAAAUCCAUUUAUUUAUAUGGCAUUUACUUGUGCAUUGCAUGUUUAGAAUAUUAUACUCAGGGUAAAGUACAUAUAAUGGAAAUCCCUAUUUAUAUUUUAAAUGCAAUGUCUAUUCAGAGGGAGGAGAAUUUAGAGCUUUUAACCCCCUGGGGCUUCCCUGCUCAAAACUAGGAUUUCCAGGAAUCUCUAGUUUGCAAAGGGCUCAUGCUUUCUGUGAUGGUAACAGAAAGUGGGUGUACUAUUUAUUUAUUUUUUUAAACCAAUCGGUCAGCCACUUACUGUUUUGUCAGCAGGCAGUAAUAACCUUGUGCUAGUACCCUUUUUGGAGCAAGGGCAAAAACUACAUACAAUAUACAUCCACAUUCCUAACCUCACUUAUUAGUGAGCAAGUCUCACUGAAAUAAAAAAUAUAUAUUUCUAAGCAAACAUGCUGAUAAUUGUACUGCAAUUGGUGCAUCAAUGCCUUCUUUUAAAAGCAAGGCAACUUUGGGAUGGGAGAAGUCCAAUGUAGUGAAGUAAUGGGAACUUAUCCUUUCUUAGCUGACUAAAACAAGGAAUAAAAACUAAGGAAAAUUUUUAAGCCGGUUGGAUCAAUAUGAAUAGACUCACUUGAAACCAGAUCCUAUUCACAGUUGAAGGGAUUGCAGAUCAUUUGCACAGCCUCUUCACACAGGUCAAUUUGGAAAGUAAGAAUUCCAAUCCAUCACCAAGAUUUAUACAAAUGUAAUCGUUGUUAACUAAUAUUCUGUAAUAUUUUUUAUUUAGGAUUUCCAUUAGACAAAGCAGUUGCCUAUUCAAAGCUGAGGAAUCCUUUUGUUAUUAAUGACUUGAAUAUGCAAUAUCACAUACAAGACAGGUAAGUAAAUAGCCACAAAUAAAUAUCCCACACUCUAGUUGUUGAAGAACAAGUGCUUAGUACGAUAUUUAACAGGCCUCAAUGAAAUGCUGUCUCAUCAGGUUGAUUAUUAUGGAGGUAAAGUAGUUAACAUAAAGAAAAGAAAGCUAAUAAAAAGCUGUAAUGUAACUAAAAUGGAAUAAUAUUCAGCUAAGAAAUGUAUAUAGAGUGUUCACCUUAAAACAGUAAAUAAUAUUAAGUUUAUGAAAGGUACAGUAAACAGAACAGGAUGCAGUUUAGUGUCUGUUCCAAUUAUGUGUUCCUGCACAGAUUAUAAUCAUGAAGUAUAGUCAUGAAAUCAAUAGAAUGUAAAAACGAAUAUGCCCCAUGGGUAAAUUGUGCAUAUUUAUCAAAGCUAGACACUCAACAGAUACAAGAAAUGCUCUAGGCUAUACUUCAAUUCCCAAUUAACGAAUGAAUGUGUCCUCCUUAUCUUCCUUGAGGAGAGGUGGUGUACACUUCUGUUCUCCUUGUCUGGGCAGAUUUAAGCUACUUCCCUGAAGAGUGGUAUGUUCACGUGUAUCCAUUUUAUACCAGAACCAGGGUAGUGGAAGUAAAAUCCAGAUCUUACUACUUUGAUACCAUCCUUAUAUAGUAAUUAUGUGACUUUUUAGAGAAAUGUUUUGAAUGCAUAAUUCAUUGAUAAUAUUCAUUUUGUGAAAAAAAUAUUCUUUUAGGAGAGAGGUUUAUGGCAUUCUCGAAGCUGAAGGUAUUUUACUUCCUCGUUACGCAGUUCUAAUCCGUGAUCCAAACAAUCCACAAGGUAAUAGCUAUUAUAAUGGAAUUUUCAAAAGACGCUGUUCUAAACAUUUUUUUUUCUGAUUAGUAAUCUUGCUUGCUUGAUGCAGUGCUAUAUUAGAGGUUCAAUCCAUUCUCCUCCUCCUCCAGGUUUGAUGAAAUUUUGAUCUCUUAAUUGUAUCUCCAGCCUAAAGUCUGCACUUCGUGUUAUUUUCCAGAAUGCAAUUUGAUUGAAGGCGAAGAUCAUGUGGAGGUGAACGGAGAAGUUUUCCAAAAACCAUUUGUGGAGAAGCCCGUCAGUGCUGAGGACCACAAUGUUUAUAUUUACUAUCCAACAUCUGCUGGUGGUGGAAGUCAGAGGCUCUUUCGGAAAGUGAGAAUAUAUUAAACUGAAUAAUAGUAAAAAUGUUUUUUAAGCACUGAAAUGUAUUUAUAGGGUGGAAAGAACUAACUUACUCAGUUCUUAGGAGAAUGUUGGAAAUAGCAUUAGCUGGAAGGUUGCAGCUAAAUUGUGUACAUUGGACUUGACCCAUAACGAAGAGUGAAAUGGGAAUGGGUAAAAGAAUAUCUCCAUUAAUAGAAAUGGUUAUCCACUGAAUAACAUGACAGAGGAUGGCUCUGUAAUAUGGAAAUGUAUAAUGAGCAAAUGAUGUAGUUUUCAUUCAGUUAGUCUUUCAUUUGUGUGUUACCUUUCCAUGAAAAAUUGUGUUCAAAAUAGCUCACAACUUACACCCAGUUUAUCUCCCCAUCUCUCAUUUGGAGCAAUCUCACACACUGUGUAUCAUCAUUUUCUGAGAGUUUCUUUUGUGUCAUUCCAUUAGUCCACCUCAAUAGCUCUCCAGGGCUUCUAACAAGGCUUUCCCAGCCCUACCAGAAGUGCCAGGUAUUAAACCAUUGGAUCUUUCGCAUGCAAAGUUCAUGUGUUACUGAGGCAAGGUUGGACUGAGUGAUGGUGUCUUGGAAUGGGCAGAGUAGUGUGGGUGUGGAGAAUGUUUACCCCUUUCUAUUUCUAUGCUCUGUGAGCUUGAGAGACCUCAGGUUACUUGCCUAGAGAAUCUUCUGGGUCUGCUUAUGUCAUGGCAGAGUCAGCCUAUCUAGGUUUUUCUCUUUCUUCCUUACCCAUUUCUGCCCUUUUUACACCACACUAAACUUUUAUAACAUAAGGUUGCUUUUGGUUUUACUUUUGAAGUGCUUGGGGAAAAAUAGGCUAGGGAGGGAUGACGAAAGAAGUACAGGGUUUUAUGGAUCUGAGAAGGCUUUGUCUUUGUAUGAAAUAAUAUUGAUGGGAAGGUUUGUGUUUCAGAUCGGUAGCAGAAGCAGUGUUUAUUCCCCUGAAAGCAGUGUGCGGAAAACUGGUUCAUAUAUCUAUGAGGAGUUCAUGCCUACAGAUGGCACUGAUGUGAAGGUAUGACAACUGCAUAUUCUGGUUUAUAUUUAGAACAAUCAAGUACUUAAUGAACUCAGCAACUUUAGAUGUGAGGCAUUUAUCUCUGCCUGAAGCACUGCUAUUAUUAAACUUAAAAUAGUUUACAUAUCAUGUUUUGUUUUCUCCAAGUAAAAGGAACACUUCAUGUUUUAGUUUGUCUCUCUCUUUAGAUACUCUUGUGAUUACAGUUUACCAUUCAAAAAGAACAUAAACGUGCUGCCAUAUUGUUUACUGAAUGUGUAUUCAGACAAAUACACUUUUCCUGAAAUGAAAUUAUUCUAACAUUUCAAUCCAAAGCAUACUUUCUUGAAAAUAAAGUACAUUGUGUUAGAUCAAAAUUCCAAGAAAGUGUAUAGGAAUGGAUCUGCAUUCCUAAAUCAUAAAACUAUGCUUCAAAUACUGAGAUUCUUUUGACUGAUCUGUACAGUCUGGAAACAGUUGUCUUCAGCUAUCAUGGAGCAUUUCUGUGAGCAGUUGAUGUAGCUCUUGGUGGUCUACAAAGCUGCCUAAACAUUCAUUAUCAGUUAAUCAUACAGCAGCUGGAUUUUGUUUUUGUUUUUUAAUUUGUCAAAAUUCUUUGAAAACUAAGACAAAAUAUUUCUACAUAGGAAAAUUACAACUUGUAACUACAGAUUGGCAUGAGGCGUUUCAAAAUUAAGUGUUUUGAAGUUUGAUAAUUAUAGAUAUAAUAUAAUCCUAACAAAUCAAUUGUGCCUACUAUAAUUCUUUGUUGGUUCAUCCUGUACAAAGGGUUGGAUUCAGAGAGCUAUUUUAGGCAAGACGAGGGAAAUCUUUUACUUUUUUAUUUGAAGAAACAUACCACUUUUGAAACUCCCAUAGUACAUUAUCUGGCUGCCAUGUGAUGUGGACAGGGAGCAGUUUAAAGAAAAACGAAUCUAAAUCCCUUUGGGUAUGCAGAGCUGAUUGCACAUUCUUUGAAUCCUGGCCAAAGAUUGUAAGCUAUCUGAUUAGGAGUCAUGUUAAAUAAAUUGGUAGUAGCAGAAGCUGUAAUAUGAAACUUUCAGCUAGAUUAGAUUGCCAAUUGGGACAUGGAUACAGUAUAGCAUUGGAACUUGUAGCGCUUUUCAGUUUGUCACUAAUCUCCCCAUGAUGUGAAAGUAAUGAGUAUGACUCUAGAGGCCCAGGAGCUGACUAUGAAAUAAAAAAAGUAAUGAACCAAAAAAAAGAGUUUUUUAUUCUGUUGUAAUUUUUUAUUUCCAAAUAAAGGUAUACACAGUAGGACCAGAUUAUGCACAUGCAGAAGCUCGUAAAUCCCCUGCACUGGAUGGAAAAGUAGAGCGGGACAGUGAAGGGAAAGAAGUACGGUAUCCAGUCAUCCUUAAUGCAAGGGAGAAGCUUAUAGCUUGGAAAGUAUGCCUAGCUUUUAAGGUAAAAUGAAUGAAAGCUGGAGAAAGUGGUCUUUGUUUACCCCAGAGGGCAUCUCCUUAGCUUUGAGUUGUUAUAGAAUUGUUAUCUGCAAGCCCAAGCACAGUGAGGCAGUGGUGGAGCACACAAGCAAAGGAUGAAACAGGAGACAGGUGUUGGAUUCAAGUUAGACCACAUCUUUAUUGAUUAUGGAUACAACAGGUUUGGCAUAGGCAUCAGGCAUGGCAUUACAAGGCUUCACCGGCCUGCUUGCUGGUUGAUGAAGCAUUGGGGUUGACCAAAAUUUAGGGAGGGAGGUAGCACAGAUGGGGAACCCCCACUGAUCAGCAGCAGGGCAUCUGGAUAAAAAGUCCAAAAUCCUUUAAGGGGAUCCUCCUAUGGGACAACUUGAGAGGAGUCUCUUCCUCUGCCCAUCCUCAGUAGUGAUCCAGCCUAAUGGCUUCUCUACCGUAAAGUUGUGAUGAUUGCUCUGAAGUAGGCGAAACCUGCAGACCUGGCCAAACAGUGUGAUAAAAUGAUCCAUAGCAAGGUCAAAGUGGGACUGUCACUCUCCAGCAGACAACCCAUAAACCAGUGUAUUAAAGGGAGGAUGGGAGGGCAAUCCUGAUGCCCACUGUCGUGACUCCACUCUCCACAGCUCACCUUAAGUACUCCCAGAGUGGUUCUGGAUGAGUGAAGUCUUCACCCAGGUCUGCCCUGGGAGCCCCACUUCCCAGUCUUCUAGCCUCCCAUAAGGGUGAGAAGAGCAGAAAUACUACAUUGACAGCCACACCAGGGUUGGCAGCCAGCCACGCACUCCCUUGCCACUGUGCCUAGGCUGCAAAUGCUGUUCCCUGUUAGGCAACAGAGGGGGAACAAGACCUUCUUUCUCUUCUUCUGACUAGGAAAGAAAGUAUGCUAAGACAAAUAUGUAAAUAGAACCUGCAUUACACAAACUUAGGAGCCCGAUAAAAUGUGUGUGCUUUUUGCAUCAUUUGUGACUGACCUAUAUUUUUUGGCUGUUUGAACUGAGUCCUUUGCUAAUAUUUAUGCUACUUUAUAAGAUUGAAAUAUAUUUACAUGGUACCAUGUAUUGUAAAUUAUUUUAUUAAUGUAUCUCAGUGCUUGAAGGGAUAAGAUAAGGGUUAGACAUUGGAAGGGCGUAAAAUCCAAAGCUUUUUAAAAAUGCAGUAGUGAGACCUGUGAGGAGAAGCUAUUCAUUAAAUACAUUUGAAGUUGAACCUGAUCCUCGAGGAAAAGAUGAGUUUUUGUUCAUUUCUUUUUUAACGUAGCUAAUUAUCUGAAGUUUUAUAAAUUUAUAAACCUGUGCAAACUUGUGAUUUCUUGUCUUGACAGCAAACGGUUUGUGGCUUUGAUCUGUUGCGUGCAAAUGGACAAUCUUAUGUCUGUGAUGUCAAUGGCUUUAGUUUUGUGAAGAAUUCUAUGAAAUAUUAUGAUGAUUGUGCUAAAAUCCUUGGGUAAGAUUUUAUGCUAUUUGUCAGACCGUUUCUUUUUCAUAAUUUAUUUAAAGUAAAUAGAAUAUCCGUGGUUGUAUUCAAUGCUAGUCCUAUUCACAGCAGACUCAUUGAAGUUAAUGGACCUGACUAAUUCAGGUUCAUUAAUUUCAGUAGGUCUUUUCUGAGUAGGACUUAGCUGAAUACUGUCCUCUGUGUGGUUGACCUGUUGAAAAAUGUAUCUUGCAAAAUAGAGCUUUUAGAUAACACAAUUAAUUCAGAUAAAACAGCAGCUAUUUAGGAUGCCCAUAAUGAGCAUGCAUACCUAGUAUAGUUUCUGUGGAACUUUGCCAAGAUAUCUGUUAGAGAAAUAAAACACCAAAAUUUUAUGCUCCGUUUGGGGAAAGGCAAAAUGCACACUGCUCAAUAAAACACAGAGAGACAAACCAUCCCUGGUUGUUCCCCUCACCAUCCCCAAGCUUACCAUGCAGCAGCAUGAGUCCUUUUUCCUUUCUGUAUUUUGAAAAGGGAUUUUCCCCCCAUGGGUGUUAGGCAUGCUGGAAAGCAAACAAUUCCUCAGAGGCAUUCUAAGCAAAGGAAGAGGGCAGACAGCUAGAAGCCAUGGCUUCACUAGCACAGCCGGCUGCUCAAAGUAAAACACUGGCAUACUCACACACAAAGGCAGAGGGCUUCCACAAGCAUAAAGGGAAGUGUUCAGGGCACUGAGAUUCACUUUAGGAACUUCAGGAUUAGGGGAAAAUGUUUUAAAAGAAGCAUGAUUGGUUAUUAACGAAUGGCAUGUUAUUUAUGGAACAUAGCAUACGUGGGUAUGGUUCAUUAAGGGGUUAAUGCAUUUUUAACUUGUUUUUAUUAGACAAAUUAUUGUUGUUAUUAAUGCAGACUUAUUAAUUUCAGCAAACACUUGUUUCUGUUCCAUUUAGAAAUAUCGUAAUGCGAGAACUUGCUCCGCAGUUUCAGAUCCCAUGGUCCAUACCUUUAGAAGCAGAGGAUAUUCCUAUUGUGCCAACUACAUCUGGAACAAUGUAAGAGAAUAUUUUUUUCUCUGUCUACAUUAUGCAACCUGACUAUGUAACAUUUUCUAUUUUUCUUAUCUCUCAGUAUUCGCUCACUUUCAGUUUAGAAUAAUUCUUUGUUUAGAAUAAUUCAACAACAUCUUUGUUGAAAUGUUUCGUUAAUAUUUAUAUGAGAAAUCAUAUUUACAUGUCCUCUUUUUCAUAUAUUUUUUGUUGCUGUUAAUGACAAUCAAACUUUGUUCUUUUAAAUCUUUGUAUACUUGCAGGAUGGAACUUAGAUGUGUUAUUGCUGUUAUACGGCAUGGAGAUCGGACACCAAAACAAAAAAUGAAAAUGGAAGUUAAACAUCAGAAGUAAGUAAUUGGGGGGGGGGGAUGUAAUGAACAAAUUUGAUAUUUUCCCCAUUACAUGUAAUAAGAUAAUUGUUUGAACCGAGGAGGGGAUAGAUGUGCAUCUGUGUUGCAUUUAUUGACAUUUAAUUUGAUUUUUCAUCUGUAUUUAUGUAUUAAGAGGCUGUAGCAUCAAAUGUUUUGUUUUCUCUGCUUUUAAAGUUUAAUUUUACUUCUGUAUUUUGUAAACUGCCCUGGAAGUUCCACUGAAGUAAUUGCAGUAUAUAUAAUUUUUUAAACAAAUAAAACAGAACUCUCUGGGGCAGUCCUAUGGCAAGAUUCACUGGUAUGAGCCAUUUAGGAUGCAGUGGAUCUCCAGUCCAGCUUGCUGAUUUCUGGCUCAGCUGGCUCAGCCAAAGAUACCCUGGUAUUAUAACUUGCUCAGAUGGCUGAGGAGAAGUUGGCUGAGUCAAGGCUGGUGUAAAUCCCAGAAAAGGGUUAUGGCAUCCUAAGCCCAUUCAGCUUGGUCUUGUAACCUUGCAAUCCAGUGCAGAACACUAUUUUAAGGGCUUGUUUUCUGUCGCCAAGGCUUAGGCAAAGCAGCAACCCUGGUUGAACUUUACACCAGCUUAACUUUGACUUGCUCGCUUUACACCAGCUUCAUUAUUUUCUAAGUGUAUAUUAUUAGUUAUUUCAAAACUGGCUUGAGAAUGGGUUAUAAACAUAAGCCUUGGUUCAGGGAGCGAAAGCCACAGAAUGGUGACCUGAGAUACUGUUCCGUAGAGACUGCAUAUACAACGUGGUGCAAAGUAUUUCAAGACCAUCAGUUAAUAUAUGGAAAGUUCAUAACUGAAUGCAUUGUUUUGUGUUAACAUCCACAUGCUUCCCAAACAGUCAUUUGCUAGAUGUGAAGACAUGAAUAAUCUGGUUUGGGGUUAAUAAUAAUAAUAAUAAUAAUAAUUUAUAUCCCACCCAUCUGGCUGGGCUUCCCCAGCCACUCUGGGUGGCUUCCAACAAAAUAUUAAAAUACAGUAAUCCAUCAAACAUUAAAAGCUUCCCUAAACAACGAGCAAUUCUCUUCCCUAUUAUAAAAAUCUAGAACCAGAAAAUAAUACUAGUUUGGCCUAGUGACUUCUAGCACAGUAAUUCACUGCAUUUCUAAUCAUUCCAUGCUUAUUUUAAAGGUUUUUUGAUCUUUUUGAAAAAUGCAAUGGAUACAAGUCUGGGAAGCUAAAAUUAAAAAAGCCGAAGCAAUUGCAGGCAAGUUUGGUUUUUUUAAAAAAUUCUUUUCUUUUUUACACUCACACCUGUCUUCUUAAACUGCUAAUAUAAUUUGCCACUCUUUUAGGAAGUACUUGACAUUGCAAGACACCUCUUAAUAGAGCUAGGACAAAAUAAUGACUCUGAGAUUGAAGAAAACAAAUCUAAACUUGAACAGCUGAAAACUGUGUUGGAGAUGUAAGUAUUUAAUUUGGAGAUCUUGCUGGUGACACUGUUAUCUUUCUCAUGUAUUUAUAUAUAUAUAUAUAUAUAUUUCUUUAAGGAACAAAGAGAGUUCAACCACAUUAUUAAUCUGAAAUAUGGGAACUAAUCCGUGUUACUAGUCAGUUUCUGAUGCUUUCAAACUAUUACUGCAUCUUCAGAAUUUUAGGUAGCAUGAAAUCUAUUUCUAAUGAACCACUGAAUGCCAUUUUGUGCAUGUAUAUUCCUUGUGGAGACAUAUAAACAAUAACUAAGGCCUACAGGAGAAUGGUUGCGGGAAUUUUGGGGAGAGCGCCUUUUAUCCUGCUUCUGCUGAUCUUUUAACUCAAGAGUUGCCAAUGAGCCUUUCCCAGUGUCCAUAGGCACUGGUGGAGGAAGAGGGGUGCAGGGGGAGCGCCCAACCCUGGAAGCACGAUCGCAUUGGGGUGCCAUCGCAGCUGCCCCCCCCCCGCCCCUGCUGGGUGCCAUGCCCCCAUGGGCGGCGCACCAUGCCCCCGGGACGCGCACCAGCCAUGCCCCCGCCUGCUCUCUGCCACUGUCCAUAGGGUCACCUUUCCCAUUGAACUAGGCUUGAAAGAAGCAUUCUACUGCAGCCAGUAGAAUAGGUUGUGGCAUGUGCUUGGUUGAAAUAUGUGUGGUGUCCAUGACAGUUUUUUCUGCUUUGUAAAUAUGCCCAAAGACCGCUGCUUUAAGAGAUUGAGCACCAGCUCAGCACCAGACAGCAUGGUCUAAUGGUAAUAGUUGAUGGGAAUUGUAGUCCAAGAUAUCUGGAGGACACCCAAGUUUGGGAAGACUGGCCUACACUAACCUGCUGUGUGAAUUUCUGCUUUGUUAAGCUGUUCAAGAGUUACUAUCAAAGAAUCAAGUGAUAGAGCUUUUCCUGGACACUACCUCAGACUGCAGGUGGAAAUUGGGUGCUUGAAUGCUCUACUAUGAAAACAAACUCUCUUUACAGAGAAAAUUGCCAGUUAAGUAAGAAUGUUAAGUAAAUUCAUUUUGCCUAACAUGCUAGCUGUGCAUAUGCAGGAAGUAUUGAAACCUGCAGGAUGAAGUGGUACAGUGCAGGAAAGGCAUUCUUCAUCAUGGCAGCAAUGCAAUAGCUUCAUUCAUAUAUAUACACACACACACACACACACACACACACACACACACACUUACAAGGCUGCAUGAUAUAUAUCAAGUUUAUUUUUAAUGUGUGCUCCUUGCCUCCCCCAUUCUCCAUUUGUUGUUCUUAGGUAUGGACAUUUUUCUGGCAUAAACCGCAAAGUUCAGCUGACGUAUCUUCCUCAUGGUUGUCCCAAAACAUCUAGUGAAGAAGAAGGUAUGGAUGCUAAUUAAUUCUAGAAGUUGGUCCCUCUGUUAGCUUAGUGUAACUGAAUUUUGCUUUUUAACACUUUUAUUGUCAAAAAAGCUGAAGUUGGAAACAUGUAGGGGUUUUUUAAGCUAAUUAAUUACAUUUUGUUCCUCGCUCGCUCUGGUCAUCAGCAAAAUAUCAACUUUUAGGGCUGGUGUGCAUCCUAAACACACUUGCUAUGCAGUAAGCUCACAGAACACAGUGAUACUUACUUAUGAAUAAACAUGAAUAGGGUUGUGCUGUAAGUACAAUGUUUGACUUCUUAAUUGAACAUCAAACACUCUCCUUCCAGUGCUUUUUUGCAAGCAGCUUUUGAUAUUCCCCUGAAUUGCAGAAGCAAUUUGCCAUACAGCAUGAGCAGCUGCUGUUUCAGAAUCUACAAAUCCAAUCUGAAACUCAUCCCUGAUGCUCUGAAUAGUAUCACUGUUCUUUGGAUCCUCACAUUUUUAUAUAUUAGUCUUAGUCCCUGACAGGAAUGUACGUGAUAGCCCACCAUUCAUCAUAUUAAAAUGUUUAUUCAACUGAAUAAUCUCUAUUCUCUCUUCCAUUUUUUCAAUGUUGCAAACAUACUGUAUUUGAAUCAGACAAAUACUGUUGGAAGUGUGACUUUCUUACCCCUUCAUUUCAAGCAGCCUUUCCAAGGGUCCAGGGCUCUGUUGAAUGGUGUGGACUGUGGUGUCGGGGGUUGAGAGAGAAGAGGGGAUCGCCAAAAAAUGGGGAGAUGUACUUUCCCCCUACCCAGGUGCCAUAGCCUACCCCAUUCAGCAGGGUUUCUAAACUUUUGGGAGAGGCUGCUGGGAUGAGGAGCGGGUAAGAAAGUUAUAUUCCAUCCACUCAUUUCUGUUGCUGCUUCUUUAGAUCCACCCCUCUGUUUUUCAAGUUACUUCAGCUCACCAGAAAUGGAAAAUUAUCUGCUAAAAAAUUGUUCUAGCAUAUGAAACUUAGGUGUAAAUUAGUUGCUCUUCCUCAGUUUUUAUUUACCUAUUAUUUUGCAUUGUGGUAUUUUUGUAUGCAUUUAGAUAGCCACAAACGUGAGCCAUCUCUACUCUUAGUUCUAAAAUGGGGAGGAGAAUUAACACCUGCAGGCAGAGUUCAGGCAGAGGAACUAGGAAGAGCUUUCCGAUGCAUGUACCCAGGUGGACAAGGUAAUUUAUUUCAUUUAUUGGUGGCAAAGGAAACCAUUUCUUUAGACCGAGAACUUGGGGGGGAAAGAAACAGAAGCAAGAUUAUAAGGUUGUUUUUCUUUUGGUAGGUGACUAUGCUGGAUUUCCAGGAUGUGGUUUACUUAGACUGCAUAGUACCUAUAGGCAUGAUCUCAAAAUUUAUGCUUCGGAUGAAGGCAGAGUUCAAAUGACUGCGGCAGCUUUUGCAAAGGUACUAUGAAAAUUAUAAUUUCAACUGAAAAAUGGGAAAGGAAUACAGGCUGUUUAUAAGAAAAUUUUGGAGAUUGUACAAUGAACUUUUUUUAAAAAAUGUUUUAAAUAUUAAAGUCAUGUAAAAUUAGCUACUUGGCCUACUUUCAUAUCAUACAUGCUUUCCUCCCGCUUAUGAUUAGUAGUUCAAUGUGAGUAAUCCUCCCUUCCCACACACCAGUCCAGGGGCACUGACUUGCCCUCCACAUGGGGGGGGGGUUGUGUCACGUGAUGCAUCCCGCCCCACUUGGCACCAGCGGCGUAGCUAGCUGCUCGGGUGCCAGGUGUAGCGCGUGCAUCCUGCAGCCGGGGGCGGGGCACGCUGCGCUGAGCCUCUCCGCUGCCUCCCCCUCUCCUGCAGGGCGGCUGAGGGAGAGGCAGAAGGCAGACUCAAGUCACACGCCGUUUCAGGCAGCGUGGAGCCUGCAGGCACCCAAGCCACCAUGUCACUCCCAGGAGUGACAGCCCCCGCGGUGUGGUGCCCAGUGCCAGCCGCAUUUCAUUACAUUUGUUAACUAAACAAAAAAGUUUCAGGAGCUCAAUUUUUUUAUUUUAUUUUAUUUUUAAAACUCAUAUUUUGGUCAUUUUGUUACCCCUCUCAGUGAUGACACCCGAGGCGGACCGCACCCCCUUCCUCCGCCACUGCUUGGCACAUGAGUGCUCGUGCGGGGCUGGCAGUUAUCUCAAUAUUGAGGAGGGCUCCGCCCCCGGCCCACCACUAUUGAGGGAGCCAAAGCCCCUUCUGCCCCCUAUAGUUGCGACCCCUGCACCAGUCAUUCUGUGUGUGAAAUUUAUAAAUUGCUUAUUUCUUGAUGUGGUAAAAUGGUGGUGUGCUAUAUGAUAUAUAAGAGUAGUGGUCAAAUGCAUGUGCUUUUGUUCUCAUGACUUACAGUAUAUAUGGCCAACUUUUCAAAAUGUAUACAUUUUUAAUUGAAAAUAAAGAAUAGGUGCUGAACAUUCUAAUCUAGGGACUGCCAACCUUUUGGGGCUUAUUGACACAUUUCAAAUUUUGAUAGAGGUAGGUAUGGCAGACACAAGAUGGCUGUCAUGGGGUGCAUGGCAUAACACAACAUAAGAGAGACAAUCACCCCCAACAACCUUACACUUGCCAUGGAAAGUUGAUUAUGUGCUGCUGAUCUGACACCACACAAACAUGGUGUUGCUGUCUAAUAUACAAGGCAUCCAUCCUACUGUCAUUUCAAAGAAAUUGCUUAGAAGGUACCUGCACAUUUUGCCUGAUAACCUUUGUUCCAGGAUUGCUAGAGACUAACUUUUCUUUCAAUUGAAAGCUCAAAGUCCAGGGCCUCUACUCAGGGGCACCACUGAAUGCCCAUGGGCAUUGGGUUGAUGAUCCCUGCUCCAAGCCAUAUGCUCUAAUCAAAAGUGGACACCACAAUCAUAUUGUUUUUCUUGUAUUACCUGCCUGGGUGUAGACCAUGGUGUAAUAAGCACUAAAAAGCAAUACCUAUUAACAAUAGGUAGAAAGUUACUACCUAUAGGUAUACAGUUACUUGCUUAAGGAUGAAUUGAACUGGUGAGGGGAUACACCAGGUGUACCCUCUUGAAAGUUUGAGAAGUGAGUGGUGACAUGGGACCCCCUUUCUCCCUACGGAAAAAGAACUUAUCACGUUAAGUACCAAUGUUCACUUUUGUGCUUUAGACUAUUUGCCACAUUUCCCCUCAUCACUCAGUUAUUUUGUUUACCCAGGGACUCCUGGCAUUGGAGGGAGAGCUUACUCCUAUACUUGUCCAGAUGGUCAAAAGUGCUAAUAUGAAUGGGCUACUCGACAGUGACAGUGACUCUCUUAGCAGCUGCCAACAUCGUGCAAAGGCACGCCUUAAUGAAAUACUCCAGAGAGACAGAGACUUUACUGAUGAAGACUACGAAAAGGUUAGAAGAUAACAAAGUACUAUACCGUGCUCUAAAUAUUGAAUGUGGGCAAAUGUUGAAAAUCAGUGGAUUCUCUUCUAGCCAUCUUCUUAAACUCUCCUGAAUGGAGCACAAGGAGAAUUGGAAAAAAACAACAACACACUUUAUAACUGGAAAAGUGUUUUGAUGAUAAUUGAAAGAUCAAUUAAAAUAACAAAAGCAGUAAUUCUGCUGUCCUACCUUCGUCAUAGCUCAUGAUGAUUACCCAACCCAGUGAACGCUUCCUAACCCACCAAAUCUAUGCUUCAGAUAAGACCAAACGUCUUUUUUAGUGCCACAAGCACCAUUUACUUCAUUGGGACUUAAUUUCUUUGUUUUAUAACAUUUAUACACCACUUGAUUGUAAAAAACAAACAAACAAAAACCCUGAAAGUGAUCAUUUAUUGAAAAUCAAAUUAUGAUUCUUAAGAUUUCCUGUUUUGAGGUUAUAGUAUUCUAUUAUCCUUCAGACAAAAAUAAAAACGAAUAGAACUAAUGAAUUCCCUUUUUUUUUUAUAUUCAGCUCACACCAUCCGGCAGUGUUUCUCUGAUAAAAUCAAUGCAAGUCAUUAAAAACCCUGUUAAGACAUGUGAUAAGGUAUAUUCCUUGAUCCAGAGUUUGACAUCUCAGAUCAGAAGACGGAUGGAAGAUCCUAAGUCUGCAGGUAAACAAUUAUUUUAAGCAGACUGUAAUGUUAAUGCUAGCCAUGAAGGCUUAGGCAGUUUUAAGAAUUUUGAGUAGACAGCAUGUCUGUCAGUGAAAUUUAGCUACUAAAAUAUAUACUAAUAGUGAGUUAUUAAUGAAGAAAAGAUAGGGUGCCAAGAGAUUUAUGGUGACCCAAAAGAAGAGUGGGUGGUGUGGAAUGCAGUGGUAAAAAGGGCCAGUUGAGAAAUGUGGGUGCAGAGAGAAGAGAGUCUAUGCUAUGAGAUGAAGACAAAAAAGGAGGGGCAGAGUUAACUAGAUUGGAGAAAACCCAUGGUGCAGAGAGUUUGCACUGGGGUGCAGGGGGAGGAAAUGAAUUUAACAAGAAUAGUUUUAGAAGAAAACAACUAAAAUUUAAAAAAUGUUCUUUCUGUGGCCAAUGCAAUAAUAUAUCACUCUUUAGCUAAUAAAGCUAACCAUCAGAACAAUAUGAACUGUGCAGUCCUUUGCUAGAGCUUGUGUAGGUCAUGACUUUUGUCAUGUAAGUGGAUUGCAUUCUUUAAUCUGGAAAAGGAUAUAUUUGAUGUGAAAGGAAAUAUACAUGAGAUAAUUCUAACUAGAAUAUACGAGAUCAUAAUUUUUCUUAAUGUUUCAUUUGAUUUUACUUCAUGUUACCUGAGUUGAUUAUUCUUCACUAAUAAUUGUCCACCUAGAUAUUCAGCUUUACCACAGUGAAACGUUGGAGCUAAUGUUGCGUAGGUGGUCCAAGCUUGAAAAGGAUUUUAAAACAAAGAAUGGAAGAUAUGACAUCAGUAAAAUUCCAGAUAUCUAUGACUGUAUUAAGUAUGAUGUCCAGCAUAAUGUCUCUUUGAAACUAGAAAACACAAUGGAACUAUAUAGACUGUCAAAGGCGUUAGCUGACAUUGUUAUACCACAGGUUUGUACCUUGCAACUACUCUUAAACAGUAUUCUGCAACAACUAGAUGUUUCAUACUGGUUAUACUUGCUAAUCAUUAUGGCAAUCCGUAGCUUAACUAUUUCCAAACAAUUUGUGGUCCACUAACCAGUUUUUAUAAAUGGUAUGUAUUGGAAAAAAAUACUGUUUUUUUCUGUUCCUUAUUAAAUUAAAUAAGGAAAUAUCUAGCGGAUAUGUAAUCUAAUAAUUACAUAGACGUAUCUUUUAUAUAUAUUGGCGAAAUCCAGUGCAAUCCUGUACAUGUCUACUCAGAAGUAAGUCCCAUUGAGUACAAUGAGACUUACUCCCUGGUUAAGCAGGCAGAAGAUUACAGCCUAAGUUAAUUUCACUUUGGUCCUAAUAAAAUAAGUGGGGGCAGGUUAGUCAUUGCUUAGCUCCUAUUGAAAUUAGUAGGACCUAAUCAAUGACUAACUUACACCAUUUAUUUUAAUGGAGCCAAAGUGCAACUAACUCCCAAGCCAUAAUAAGCGAGUGACAAGUAGGUUCCUGCAACCACUUGAUUCAAGACAUUAAAAACCUAUUGAGACAUGUGAUCUAGAAUUUGACAUCAGAUCAUGAGGAAUGGAAGUUUGCAAGCAAACAGAGUUGCGACCACUAUUCCAUUCCGCUCCCAUCUUGGUUUUACCCCCCUUCUUUUCAACAGUCAGUAUUGUGUGGGCAGUGGGACGCGGGUGGCGCUGUGGGUAAAACCUCAGUGCCUAGGACUUGCCGAUCGUAUGGUCGGCGGUUUGAAUCCCCGCGGCGGGGUGAGCUCCCGUCUUUCAGUCCCAGCUCCUGCCCACCUAGCAGUUCGAAAGCACCCCUAAGUGCAAGUAGAUAAUAGGUACCGCUUUAUAGCGGGAAGGUAAACGGCGUUUCCGUGUGCUGCGCUGGUGCUGGCUCGCCAGAGCAGCUUUGUCACGCUGGCCACGUGACCCGGAAGUGUCUCUGGACAGCCCUGGCCUCCGGCCUCCGGCCUCUUAAGUGAUAUGGGCGCACAACCCUAGAGUCGGACACGACUGGCCCGUACAGGCAGGGGUACCUUUACCUUUUAUUGUGUGGGCACUUGAUAUACUCAGUCCUCCGUGGGUUCUUUUGAGUGUCUCCCCAUCCCUUAGGAUUUUUCCUAGUGAUGUUUUGUGCUUCUGCAAACCUCAGGAUUACCCUGACUGCACAUGAAUGGUGCAUAUUUAGCUGCAUAAGUGAUUGCGCUCAGAGAAUUGAAUCUGAAAUAGAAAGAACAAAUGGGGCCCUAUAGCAAAAUAUUGUAGGAUGCCAUGCAUAUACUCAGCGCACAUUGUAGCUUAUUUUUAAUUAUGCUCUUCUCAUCCAGGAAUAUGGUAUUACUGCAGCUGAGAAAAUAGAAAUUGCAAAAGGGUACUGCAAUCCACUACUGAGGAAAAUCCGGUCUGAUCUUCAAAGAACUCAAGAUGAUGAUACAGUUAACAAGCUCCAUCCUUUGUAAGUUCCUUUUUGCUUGGAAAACUUGGUAGUGGUACUUUGUUACUUUUAUAGUGACAUGAUUUAGCCAUUUGUCGUGUAAAAAUAUAACCAAAUCCUGCUUGCUGCCUCCUCGCCCCCAAGGCUGGUUGCCUGCCAGGGCAGAUCCCCACCAACCGUCCUGUUAUGCUGCUGCUGCUUUCUCAUCAGCCUCCAAUACUGCUGAGGCCAAAACAGAAGCAGCACCAGAACAAGACUGCUGCUGGGGAACUGCCUUUUUCCCCAUACUCACUGUUCCUUCAUGGCACGUCUUGGCCAGCUACCACCCGUGCUGCUUGCCUGCCUGCCUGCCUGCUGUUCUGUCAUUAAACUGCAGUAACCACCACCAUAUUUUUGUAAGAUAAAGAGUCUUCAUAAUACUCCCAGCCACGCCAACUGCAGCAUGACUACAUUUUGCUUAAAAAAAAGACUAUUAUAGUAAGAAAUACAAGAUAUAUUUUCCCCGGGGGGGGGGGGGAAUGAUCUUAUGAAACAAAAAGGGAAAAAUAAUUGGGGGAAAAUGUGAAAUUUGUUCACCUCAUGGUCAUUACAGAGGUACUCUUUCACCAAUUUAAGAGAGUUUGGGAAAUUAUUCUGAAUUUUUUUGAUCUUUAGAAAUUUUAAUGAUGGGGAGAUGCACUUUAAGCUCUCUUGCUUUCUCUACAGGUACUCACGAGCCUGUAUAAUACUUGUUUACUGUCUCAGAUUAUUUUGCUCUUAGGUAUUCCAGUGGGGUUAUGUCUCCUGAACGUCAUGUCCGAACUAGGCUAUACUUCACCAGUGAGAGCCAUGUCCAUUCCUUACUAUCAACGCUUCGCUUCGGUUCUUUAUGUGAUGUAAGUGAUAUCCUCUUCUGGUUGUUUUAGUUCAGUUGUGUAUCCUCAUCACUUUUGGAAAUGUGCAGCGUACUUUAUUAUUAUUAUUUAGAUAGAAGUAUUAUGUGGCAACUCAAAAUGCCACUCCCAUGGGAAUAAACUUUGCAUUACAGAAAAUCUACUGGGAGAGCUCUGGGUGGAUUUGGAGAGCCAUGUCCUAAAAACAUUUUGAAUAAUGCAAACUUUAUACUACUAUGUGUAGUUGAAGUUUUUCCCCAUAGGCAGAAAUAGUUCUGUUACCUUUCAUUGACUUUGCUUUGUUCUGAAACGUGUGGAAAAGGCUACUGUGAGUUAUUUUAUCUGUUCCAUGUUCUGAAAUAUCUGCCACUUGACCUUUUAAAAUCUAUAUGAUAUUCUCAGACACAGUCUAGCACAUUUCUCUGACUGAUGCUCUGCAAAUUGAUCAUUAUGAAGAGAGGCGCAAGCUAUUUGUAGAAGGGGUUACUGCUAAAUUGCUAUAGAAAUGACAGAAUUUCAGUUGUGGGCAUGCUGGUAAACUGAAACUCUGUAAUCCUCCUUCUUGCCUGUAACCACAUGCACAGCAUGUGUAACUGCACUUUUCCAUCAUCACCACUUGUUAUCUCCCCCCUCCCCAACCCAUUGUUAUCAUUUUUAAAUUAUAUGCUCCUUGAAGUAUUUUUGCCUGUACAAUUUUGAAAAUGCUUUGUACAGUAUUUCAGUUUUGCUUUACAAAUAAUAAUAAUAUUUAAAUUAUGAUAGGUUUUGGGAAAGGAUGUAAAAGUGAUGUAACAUUGGCCUGUAUAAGAAUGCAUUUUAUUAUAGCGCCGUGCAAUCCUAUGCAGGCUUGCUUAGAAGUAAGUCAGUUGUGCUUAAUGUACUUACUCCUUGGUGUUUCAAAUUGCAGCCCUUGAGUUAGAAGCUAACAAUCAGAAGUUAACAGAAUGUAGGGAUUAAAAAGAAAUUGUCACCCAUACGCUUACAAUACUAAACAUGUGAAUUUCUUUUGAUCUAAGCCAUCAAAAGACGAACAGUGGAAACGAGCUAUGGAUUAUCUGAAUGCUGUCAGUGAACUCAAUUACAUGACUCAGAUUGUGAUCAUGCUAUAUGAGGAUCCAAACAAGGUAAAGAAAUGCUAAGCACAUAGUCAAACCAGUAUUAUAUACUUGGAACAUGGUUUAACUCCUUGUCCAUUUUCUUUAGGAGCUUUCAUCAGAGGAGCGUUUCCAUGUGGAAUUGCACUUCAGUCCAGGAGCUAAAGGCUGUGAAGAAGAUAAAAAUUUACCGUCAGGCUUCGGAUACAGACCUGCUUCACGGGAGGUAAACACUCUUUAAAAUGUUUCUUACAUACAUGAAAUUUGAGCAGGACUUUUCACAGUACAGUGGUACCUCGGGUUAAGUACUUAAUUCGUUCCGGAGGUCCGUACUUAACCUGAAACUGUUCUUAACCUGAAGCACCACUUUAGCUAAUGGGGCCUCCUGCUGCUGCCGUGCCGCCAGAGCACGAUUUCUGUUCUCAUCCUGAAGCAAAGUUCUUAACCCAAAGCACUAUUUCUGGGUUAGCAGAGUCUGUAAGGCUGAAGCGUAUGUAACCUGAAGCGUAUGUAACCCGAGGUACCACUGUAGUUGAAUGCUUAAUAUUGUACCAUGGCAUAACACAGCUUGUGUUGUUGUACCUUUCCCACUUAUUUGUAGAAAAUAGCACAUUUUGAAUUUUGAGGAAAAGCUGUGGCCAGCAGUCACAACAUGGCUGCCAUGGGGAUGUGGCAUGUCACAAAAUUAGAGGGUGUACUGUCAUUGCUGCUACCCUGAACAUUAUGUUGUGGAAGUUACACAGUGUCACCUCCACAAAACAAUGCUGUCGCUGUCUUGAACAAGAAGCACUCCCCACUACCAGGAAAAAUGUACAAGGUGGCCAUAUCACACUCUCUCCCCCCCCUCUCCCUCACAUUGCAUACACCACACACAUGCAGACCAAGGACAUACUUGUAUUUCUCUUGCAGACACAUGCCAUGUGUACACAGUCACACACACAAAUACCUCCCUCUAACUCUAACUAUCGUGCACGUGUGCACACACCAUACAUACCUACAUCUUUCUUUCUCUGCCCAAGUACAUUUCUCUCAGUCACACACAGAGCAUACUUGAGCACCCCACCUCACACCCAGACCCAUCUUCAGAAAAGCCCUUACAUGGGUGAAGGAAAUGUUGGGAAUAAGGUCUUCUUCCACCCAGCCAAGAACAGCUCCACUGGCUUCUGCCUGCCACGGAGCCCCCAGUUUCACCCAACAAAAGGCCUUCCCAUCAGCAGUUGUCUGCAAGAAAGCACCAAAACAGGGGGCUGCUUGGAGGGACUUGGCCAGCCUGUGAUCUGCUGAAUCCGUAGCUGGUCCCACUUGGUGGCAUUGGGCUCAAUCUGGGUCUGAUCACGAUGUGAGCUCCAGACAGAGGUAGACAAGAGCAGACUUUUGCCUGUCCACUGUCUUCUGUCCCAGAUGGUGUGAACAGCUCCCUUGUUGGGGUAUGGAUUGCCCUGCCAGAUACUAAGAAAAUGGACAAAUCAUUGUCUUCAGAGUUGGAGACAGUUGCUAGGGACAGCUGACCAAAUGUGCUUUGGUGUACAUUUCCAUAGCUCCAUAGGAAGCUGCUUUAUCCAAACGCAUGUGGUACGUGGUUUGUUGCUAUUGGUAUCCAAGGGCCAUAAUCCUUAAUAUUUGAAGGAAUUAUGUUUUCCACCUGCCAAAUGUUUUGUGUCACAUGAAACAUCCAUUUUCUUCCAGAAUGAUGGCUCAAGGAAAAACUCCCAGAAAAAUGAAAGUGAUGAGGAAUCACAUGCUUGUAGAAGGGAUGAAACAGAUCGAUCUGUAAUGAUCUUCAAGCCAUUGGUGUCAGAUCCAAUUCAUAUACACAGAAAGUCGCCUCUUCCAAGACCCAGGAAAAUUGGUUCAUCAGAAGUAAGUUUGCUGUUCCCAUGCUUAACUACUGUAGAAACAGGCUCCUGUUUUAGAGAGAUUUUCACAUUUCUUUUUCUCUUUUUUAAUGCAUGGCAAAUACAUAGCUGUAGUUCUCUUAGGACUUUAACAUUGCUUCAGACACUUCCAUAAAUUAAUAACCGAAAGAUACCACUAUUCAGAGGAGUUUGGAUCACUUAACAAGGUCUAAGUUAGUCUUCAGGCUGACUAAUCUACAUUGCUUGCAUAUACAAUCUUACAAAAUGUAUUAUUCUACAAUAAAUAGUUAAAGACAUUUUUUGCCCUUUGCAAGAAUGUUAUGGUUCAUCCCAAUAUAUAUAUAUUUCCUAAUAUAACUGAUUGUUGUAGUGUACCCUGAAAGAUAAGACAUUAUCUUAUCAAUAUGAAAGAUAUGUCUUCUGUCCCAAAAUCUUAAAUAUUCUGAAUCAAGGUUGAUGCAGAGGUCUGUCAUAUUUACAAGGGCUACUUCAGAAUAGUGAAGUAGGUGAGGAGAGAGUUUCUCUUUUUACCAAUCAUUUUUCAGUAACAGAAUAAAAUUGCAAGAAACAGUAUGGCCCAGUUCACACAACACAGUAAACCGUAACUGAUGGUUUACCAUGAAUGCAGAGAUCACUCCACCUUUGCUUUUCUUGUACAGCCAGCAGGAGCAAUAAACCACAAUCCCUGGUUUAGUUUUACAUCUGAACCUAGGAAUCAUGGUUUGUUCUAUUCCAAACAAAUCAUGACAUUAAGCCAAAAACAAACCAUGUUCCUAGUUUGGAUGGAAUGCUAAGCCAGGGAGUGUGGUUUGCUGCUCUCACUAGCUAGAGGGAAGGAGCGUUCUGCACAUUCAUGAUAAACCAUCAACUGCUAUAUACUGUGAUAUGUGAAUGCUGUAUAUGUUACAAUUUAUUUCUGGUGUCAUGUGGGCACUAGUUUGUGUAACAGCCCUUGUCCCUUGACAAGUCAGGAGCAAAGACUUUUGGGGAGUGGGUUGUACUAUCUCCAGACUUACAUGCUACAAAAUGAAUAAUUCCAAAUAAUUUGGCCAUUUGAUAUUAUUGAUUGAAUUCUAUACUAUUAUUUGGCUGUCUUGAGCUGUGAUAAAUAUGAAGGCUAAAAAAAACUCAUUUUGUAUCCAAGAUCUUGUAUAUAUCCUAUGGGGUUUUUAUUUUUAUUUUAUUUUAUUUACCUUUAUCCUCUGAAGCAAAGAUCCCAUGUUGUAUCUCCGUUUUUCAAAAACUCCUCUCCGUUUCAUAAGUGCCAUCUGUUGUUCAGGACCCAACAUCUAAAAUUCCAAGUACUAAGCCUCUGUGUGUGUGCAGAAUUAUUUAUGCUGUUAUUUGGAUCUUAGCCUAAUUGUACUAAGAGAUGCCUUCACAAAUUGUGCAUCAGCUCACUACUAGUCACUGGCAUCAUACCUGCACUCUGGUAGGUGGUUGCUCAAGGCUACAGACGAUCCUGCCACCUUUUGACCAUCCCACUUUUCAGCAGGCAGCCUGGACUCUUCUAACAGCAGGCAGGUCACUUGACUUCUUAGUUCUACCCUUGUGUUUCCAGUUCAUCAAACCUGUAGCGAAUAAAGUUUAUAGCCUGUUUAAACCAAGUUCUUUUCCCUCCCCACCCCUCCCAUCCAGCCCACUCUCUCCCCAAUGCGGGCACAUGCGUUUGUUACUGAUCAUGACAGUCUUUAUCAGAGAGAAAUUAUAUAUAUAUUUCUUAGGGAUCCAAAAAUAUUUUAAUUAUUAUGAUGUUCCAGGUUUUUUAUGUGAUGAUACAGGAAUAUCCUAAUAAAUGCUGUGGGUUUUUCCAGCAGGCAAACAUUAAUGUUGAGCAGUAUUCUACAUAUCCUUUGUAAUUUUUCACACAUAGUUGUAAAUUCUGCUUUUCCCUGUCAAUAAACACUGUUUUUAUUUUGCUGACUUUACUAGCCUGAAACUUUAAUAUAGAAAGAUUUGGAAAUCAUGGCUUCAUUUUUACAUUAUAUUUUUCUUUCUUCUUGGGACAUUCUGUGUAUUCAUUGAUAGGAACAUGGAGAGAUUCUUUUUAGCUGAAUUUAGAAUUCUUUCCCACUUCAAUAAAAUACCAUUUUUAAAAGAUUAAUUUUUAAAUGGUGUGUAAAGCAACGUGAAGCCGAUUCUCUUCUAUUUGGAGAAAGUGAACAAAAAUCAAAUAACUUAACCUUGAAGAUCAAGGCUCCCUAAAUAUAUAUUGAACAUAAAUGUGUCUGUUAUGUUCUUUCAGUGUGGUCCUGACUCUGUUUCUUGUGAAUGUCUUGAUCGAGACCUAAAUUAUUGUUGGUGUGCCAGCCUGUCACUGGUGUUUGGUUUAGUUCUUAGAGUUGGUCCUGGAGCUUAGGCAGGAUGUAUAAUGCUUAUGCAGAGGAUAGAUGUGGCAUGUGGAUACAGAAUGAAGAUUAAAUUUUACUGGCGUGUUUUGUUAGGGGGAAAACUGAGACACUAAAAUUAAGAAAAUGUUGUUAGUGUCAUCAGAGGUCAGUUACAUGUUUUUGUGAAAUAUCUGCUUUAUUAAUAGUGAACGCAGCACAGACAGAGAAUUUGCUAUGCUUAGCGAGAGGAACACAAUUAACGGUGACAUUUUUUAAAUAUGUACAUAUUGAGUUUCCUUGUCACUAGUACUGUUUAAGUGUCUUUAGUGAAAAUAGUAGCUGAGUAAUUCCAGUUGUUUGUAUUGUGUGAUUUUAUUAUAGGAAACACGGCUCAUUACUGUAUAAUGCUGUUAAAGUUAUUUAGAAAAGGGUGCAGACAAAACUGUAUUUCAUUUUCUUAUCAUUUGGCUAUGAAUCUAACGUUGCAUGCUUUGCUGUUUUUUUGCCCCCUUUCUCACUUCCAGGAAGAGAGCCCCCUGAGUGUGUCUAGCCCAGAGUGUAUUGGUACCUGGCUGCAUUACACCAGUGCUGUGGGUACUGGGCGUCGAAGACGCAGAUCAGGGGAACAAAUCACUUCUUCCCCUGUCUCCCCUAAAUCAUUGGCUUUCACAUCCAGUAUUUUUGGCUCAUGGCAACAGGUUUUUAAACUUUACUUCAUUAAACAUUACUAUGCAUUCCAAGCAGAAAACAGCUGUCUUUAAGGACAUCUAAUCCCUUGUUCUGGAUUUUAUUCAAAGAAAAUUAUUUCACCUGUCAUUAAAAUGUGAUUAAAAAAACAACUAGUUACUUCCAAGAAUGCUUCGGGGGGGAAAAAAGCAAGUGCAUGUUUUUUUUUUCCUACACAAGUUUCACUGAAUGUAGUUGAUUGUUUGGUUUUCAGUUGGUUUCUUUUCAGCACUGUAGAGAUGGAAAUAGUUAUCUCCUCAUGAAAUAGACAUCAGCUUUGGCUUAGUUGUCCUUUUAGACUUUUCUUUUUUUUACUUACAAAGCAAAACAAAAACAGCAUUGAGUAAUUUGGUGGCAGGUGCAUUAAAAUGAUUGUGCAAUAAAUGAAACAAAAUGUGAUUUGAAGUAAUUGGAUUGGGGUCCAAUUUUGGUAUUCCACAGUUGGGAUUAGCAUAGAUUGUCUUUUCAACGGCCUAUUAACUGUUCAAGAAAAAAAUUGUUAGUACUAAUCAUUAUUUUCUCUACUUGUGAACUGGAGGUGUCCUUUCUCUCUCUCUUUGUUUUGAGGACAGUUCUUCAUCCAUUGUAAUGUAUAACAUUGUGAGAUUUGACAUAUUGGGGGAAUUAAGUAAAAUAGUACAUAUACCAAACAGUAAAAUAGAAUAGUGUACAGCUUUUAUCCAACUCAGAUAUACCCAAAGUAGACCCAUUGAAAUUAAUGAAACCAAAUUAGUCAAAUAUGUUCAUUUCAGUGGGUCUGUUCUGAGUAGGGCUAAUGUUGGAUAUAAAACAACAUACUUACAAAUGGUUGUACUAAACAAUGGAUGGUGCCCUGUUACCAGAAACCCCCCCCAAAAGAAUGUUAUUUUGAUGUCCUAUUGAAACUAAAAAUUGCUUGGAUAUAGAAAAAAAGAGUUUUAGGUUAAAGGUUGUGAACAUCAGAAGUUUACCCUGAUAAGAGCCUGUGCAUGGAUCAGUGACUGUAAGGUGACCUCAUCAGCCUGUCUGUGUUUCCUUUUUUUUCCUCCCUCUCCCUUCCAAUACAGGCGCAGUUUAGGAGUGUUCAUUUGGUAAACUAAAAUGACACAGUUGUCUGUGUUUUCAUAUCUUUCUUGGUGUCUGUCCUGUUUUUGUCAUCAUGAAUGCCUGCUUGCACCACUUCAUUGCAAGGAUCUCAUGAGUGAACUGGAUUCCCUUCAGCAAUAUUGCAUGACCUUCCAUAUUGUUUUGGUAUCUCUACUAAUGCAUCAUAUGGCUUAUUAAUACUUGUCUGUCAUGAACAGGCUGCUGUUUCAAGCUUAAUGGAUUCUAUAAUCCCACUAGAGUGUUUUUGUUCUUACUUAUCCAUUUCCCAUGUCUAGGUCCCAACAGAAACCAACAGUUAUUUCCGACCACCAAGAACUAUUGUGGAGCAAAAGGCAAGCGGUAUAGGUACGUAUAUAUUUCCUAAAGUCCUGCUCCUUUAAAGUAGACCUACUCAGUUUUCAGUAUUCAAGCUUGUAGAUAUUUUAAAAGUUAACUCCAUUGUUUGGAUAAUGUAUCUUGAAUAUUUUAAUACAAAUAAGUCAUUUGGUCACUGAAUAUAGAAUAUCAGUUGUCAUUGUUGGCAUGAAUUUUUCACUUGAACCCAAACCAUAUUGUUGUUUUGACAAGUUAAUAGAGACCAUUUUAAGAGGAUUCAUCUCUAGGCUUUUGAGGGCUUGCUCCUUAGUCAGAUGGGAACAGUUGAAUAGAUUCUCCUGGUAAUCAAAAACCUUUAUUUUUCUCAUUUUUUGUUUUCCAUAUACAUUUAAGAACAACACAAGAGUAAUGUUCUUUGCACUACCCCAAAUUCCAUCAACUACAGCUUUCAGAAUACAGGCUUGGCUAUUGUAACUGUUUUAUUACAGCAAGCAUCAGAUUUAUAUCUCAGCAGCAUUUUAGUACUGUAGAAUGAAUACUAUUUUCCUUGCACUGUAGUGUAUUAUACUACAUUUGGUAGUGUAUACUACCGGUACUUUUUUGCUCUGCAAAUGUUUUAAUAUUAUGGGUAACACUUUCAUAGCACGUCAAACAAAACAAACACAGCAUUAAAUGCAGUCUAAGAUAAAAAUUUAUCCAGUUGUCUACUUAACUCUAUAUUCUUUCUAUAUACACAAUCUUUUUUUGUUUCUUCGUGCUUCAAAAUUUUACCUACCAAAAUGCAUACAUCAGAUGCUCUUGAUUACUGGAGUUUAAUUUUUCUAAUGUUCUUCAAUCAUUGCACAAUCCUGUUCUCUGUGAUAUUCCACAUAAAUAUACUGUGUUGGCCCGAAUAUAAGCUUCACCCAAAUAUAAGCCGCACCUUUAAAAUUGGAGAGGGAAAACAAACAAAAAAUCUGAAUAUAAGCCGCUCCAUUCCUUGCUGCUCCUGGCUGCAUAUUGGGGGGGGGGGGUGUUCCGUUGCUAGCGACCUUUCCCCUUCCUCGUGCUUUCCCUUCCCGGCCUUUGGGGAGAGGACUGGGGACUACGCACAGGGCGGAUGCCGCUUUGCCACGCUCCUGCCUGCAUAUCGUAAGGUCGCAAAUAUGAGCCGCACUUUAACUUUUCACGGUCGGAAUUUGGGCAGAAAAUGAGGCUUGUAUUCAGGCCAAUACAGUACAUGUUGAUGAAAACUGAUCUAAAUGCAGGUAUUUCUUAAGUUCCAAAGCUUCUCCACAGAUUAGACAUUUAUAUUGAUGUGUUUCGUCAGAUGUGCUACUAAUGUUUUCCUCACCGUUUGGUUGUCAGUGGUAAUAACAGAAAUUUUGAAUCAGUGGUUCUUGAUUAGAAAGCAAAUAGAUCAGGUUUCAAAGGGCAAGGAUAGGCGAAACCUCUCCUGAGCAAGUGCCAUUGAGAAGAAUUUUAUAUUGGUAAGGGAUUGUCCAAAAUACAUUACACCCAAAGUAGCCCUUUUCUUAGGUUUUUAAAUGUAAAUUAAAAUAUGAUUAUGGGAGGAGGAUACCGAUAUUGUAGUAUGUAGAGAAUUAUUCUUUGUAAACAAGGUUUUUAAUAUCAGACAGCAAAAGUCAGUACACUUGGUUUGUUUGUUUUUAGAGCAGCCAUUAACUUUUAAAAAUACACUGAGAAACUCAACACAUUUAAUGGGAUAUGUCUGCACAAGCCACAAGUGGAACGCGUGCAAGAAAACUUGAUCACAUCCCAUGAAUUUAAGUGGAAUUUCCACAUGAAAACAUGCUGAUCUCUGUCUUUUGCAGAGUUCAGUGCUCAUUUUAACAGAUUCAGUUAUGAACUGCAAAUAUUCAAUCUUGUGUUUCUUCCUCAACCAUCCCUUUUUGUUUUACAUUGACCUAUCAGGCAGUGUUUUUUUUCCCUUUAUCAAGUCUAACAGAAAACAAAAGGAAGUUCCCUUCAUUAGAGUUCAGCCUUCUCUUUGUAUAUAAUUAGUAAGGGGGUUGUGAUAUAUAGAAGCACAGUAAUUUGUGGUAGUUACAUCCUGAAAGUACCACUGACUUUAUAAGCAUAUUGUGAACCUGUUCAAGGCAAUGCCAGAGGCAGCCUCUUGUGUGGUAAGAGCGAUAUGCUUGCAUGCUGCAUGCAUCCCCGAUGUGAACAGAACACCUGGUUGCUGUAUGUAUUUUCUCUAACUCCCAUCAGGGUCUCACUGUGCGAGCCUGUUUAGCACUUCGGUGCUCGGGGGUUCUUCAAGUGCACCUAACCUACAGGAUUAUGCUCGUAUUCAUCGUAAAAAGCUGACUUCUUCUGGCUGCAUAGAUGGUAUGUGCACACCUUCGCACAUGCACUUACACCCACCCACUCAUAUGCACACAUUAAACCUUGAAAGAAAGUCCUAGGCCUGUUUACAGAGUAGAAGCCUGUAAUACCGAUCACUAAUAUUAAUUUGUAGAGGGUUGUAGUGUCCCUUUAUUUCUCAGAGAUUAAUUGCGUUUAAUGGCACACCGAUGGAAGGAGGGCUUUUUCCCUUCCGUAACAAACCAACUUAAAAAAAAGUUUAUGUUCAACCUAUGUUUAAAACCAUUUAAUUUGGUAAUUUUUUCCUGAAGUGGAACAAAAAACCAUUUAUUGAGAACUAGAGAAAUCAAAGGAGAUUCAUUAAUAUUUGUAAAGUCCUAAAAAGAGGUACGUUUGUUAAAUUACUUUAAAAAUUAUCCUGAAAGUGUGUGGCUUGGGGCUUCAGAGUAACAAGCAGAAUAGAAAUGUCAGCACCAGAUUUCCACCAUUUUACAAUGUUUGUUAACUUUCUUGAGGGUAAGAAACAUUCAGCUUUCUCCUACUGUCACAUCCAUGAUAUUCAAUUCUAACCAUGUAUGUCUGUAUGCCAAAAUCACAAGCUCACCCGUAUUUGUCUUCCAUACACUCCAUUAAACCUCUAGUAGUAACAACCAGCAAAGUUUUACCUGCUUUUAAACCUGUUUUGGCCUUUGCACCUCUCCCAAUCCCUUCUGCAUGCCACUCAGUUCUAACCUCCUCUUCAUUGUUUUCCCCUCUUCUGUCCUUUCUUGAAUUAUCCCUCUUUUGGUAGCUGUUUUGAAUUUCAGGUACCUGUUUUUCUCUUUCUCAGACACCACACGUGGUUCUGCUGUUAAAAGGUUUUCUAUCUCAUUUGCUCGACACCCAACCAAUGGUAUGUUUUGCUUUUAUUUAAAAAAAAAAGUAUUCCCUUGCUUCAUCCCUUCCAAACUAUGGGGUGUAUAGUACUGUCCGCCAUCAUCCUCCCUGAUUCCAGCUGAUCACAUGGCCAUAUUGUCAAUUAUUAGAAAUUCUGAUAAUUUAAAUCCCUUUCCCCUUUUUAAUUCCAUAAUCUAGUCUUUUAAAAUUCACACAUUCAAAAUCCUUUUUGGGAUGGGGUGGGGAAUUAAAUGAAUUCCAUGUCUAUUUUUACGCAGUCUUCUUAAUGACACAACCAAUUAGUACACAUAGUGUAUGGUUUAAAAGCUUUCUGAUCCUAAACAGCUCCUAUUCCUUUCACCUUCAUAUUCUUUGGCAUCCUGCUGUGUUGGAUAUCUCUGUUCUGAACUUUUGGAACUCAGCGUAAGAACUGCCUUACUAAACCAAACCAAAAGGUCCACUUUCUCUAGCCCUCUAUUUCCAACAGCAACCACCAGAUGGCACUGGGAAACUCAUUAAGUUGGGCAUGAAAGUGGUGGUCUGUCCUCUAUUUGUCCCCCAGUGACUGGGAUUCAGAGGUAUACAGCCUUUGAACAUGAAGAUUCUGAUUAUCUAGCAUAGCUAACAACCAGUGCUAAGCCUACUCUCUGUGAACUCAGGAUUUCAUUAUAAAUAACAAGUGGAACUUGCUAUCAUCUUCUUGAAAUCACAUUAGACAAAAUAAAAGUUAACUGAAAACAAAGUUCCCUACAUUUCUGUCAGUAACCAAAUGAUUUGCUUCACCUUCCUUCCUUUCAUACAGACAGCUUAAGUGCUUUCUGUAAUGAGUUACUUGCCGCUAUGUUUUCCUCCUGAGGUCUAAACGGCCUCGGUCCAGUAUACCUGAAGGAGCAUCUCCACCCCCAUCGUUCUUCCUGGACACUGAGGUCCAGUUCCAAGGGCCUUCUGGCCAUUCCCUCGCUGCGAAAAGCCAAGUUACAGGGGACCAGACAGAGGGCCUUCUUGGUAGUGGCACCCGCCCUGUGGAACGCCCUCCCACCAGAUGUCGAAGAGAAAAACAACUACCAGACUUUUAGAAGACAUCUGAAGGCAGCCCUGUUUAGGGAAGCUUUUAAUGUUUAACAGACUAUUAUAGUUUAAUAUUUUGUUGGAAGCCGCCCCCAUCCUGCCUCAACAUAUAACACAUUUUGCAAAGCUUUGCCACUGAAUUGGUCCUUUCAUCACAGAAACUGAGCUGGCCACUCCUCCAUCAUAGAUCAAACAGUAGCUCUCAAUUUCUUUAUCCUUAUUCAAAAGUUUCCAAAGCCGUUUAUUAACUGAAUUCAGUGGUAAGGUAAUAUAAUGUCUUCAUGAAGCUGUAGAUUUGUGUCUAUUCCCAAAUCAUCAUAAUAAAAUGAUAGGUUUGCUUCAGUAGCAAAUAAUCUUUACUAAUAUUACUACAGUAUUUCAUACCUACACAUGGAAUUAGUUGUGAAAAUGAAAAAAAAAUGUGCACAUUGACUCUAAAAUUAAGUCAUCUAAAAAGAGAUAUGCUCGACUUAGUAUGCAAAACAGCUGAAAGUUGAGGUAUGAGAGCUAAAAAAUAAAUAUUUACAAAUAAAGGGGGGAAAUAUAUCAUGAAUAGCUGGCAGAGCACAUUUUAUCCAAAUAGUAUGUGCUUAAAAUUUGUAUAUUUUUAUCACAGCUGUGUUGAUACAGAUUGCUGUGAUCUGAUUAAUAUGUAUCCUCACAACUUUCACAAUUUACUGCAUGGUUAUAUGUAUUGCUCAGAAGCCUAAAUGUACUUCCUCAGGUAACUUGGGAUCACUCCAGCUGCUUUGAAAAUGAGGCGUGGCGUACUGUUUGUUCUUAACCUUUCAUUGAGAGCCUCCUCUUUUCUUUGACUUCCAUAACUUUAAGAUAACAAUGCAACUUCUAAACCAUUUCAGUCUUCCCCUUCCUUUCAUCUUGAGUUCAAGAUACAUGGUGAAACAAGUAUCUACUGACAGUGCUUUACUUAUUUUCUGGGCCUCUGUGCAGAACAUCCAGACCUCUUUAGGUGCUGGUCGGUUUCUUCUGAGGAAUUUCUAGGCGCCAGUGGUAUGUCUUUAUAGCUUUCGAAUGUAAGACGGCAGGGUGGCUUUCUAAGUUGCUACGCUAACCCUUUCAUUGUCUUUCAUUUUGAUGGAAACUGGUAUGUUAAGAGGUCAGCUCACGUUAGCAGAUCAGACAUUUGAAGGCAUACUGUCCAAUACGUAGGUGUCUUUUUAAAAAUAAAAGAACACAAAUGAAUAGGUUUUUACCAUUUUCAAUUUCAAUCCAGUGGAAAUGGCCUCUCCGCACAUGUCUCAGGGUAUUUCUCCAAUGCUUGAUAAUCCAGUAAUGAAGCUGCUAAAAGAUGGGUGUGUGCACAAGUGAAUAGUUGGUUUUUAUUGCCUAGGUAAAUAAAGCUAAAAGAAGUAUGCAGAAAUAUAAAUGACACUAUUGAGCUUCAGAUUUAACUGUUUCAAAGGAUAUUUAUUGGACAUGAGGUAAUUAUAAGCACCAAAAUAGACAUGAGCACUUAAAGAAAAUAGCCUGCCAUAGUCCCAUGAAAUUGUUCCUUACAUAGAUACUCAUACACAUUUGUGGAUUUUCUCCAGUCAGGGAAAGCUGCAGUUCUCGUGGAAUUUACUGUAAUGCAAAGAAAGGGUUCGCGCUUGCCUGCAUGCGUAGUGUUGUAUUCUUAGAAGAAUUAUUAUGCAUUAAACACAAUUAACUUGAAGCACACACAGAGGCUUAACUGCUACAAUUCAAUAAGAUACCAAAAUGUUCAUUUGCAAAGUUUCCUUCUCUAGAAAUUUAAGGAGAGAAAAGUGAUUUCAGAUAACAAGAAUUUGAAUUCUUUAGUUUUGGAGUUCACUGUAGUUUACUACAUAUUACAUUUAAAUGUACCUUGCACUAAAAACAUGAAUACUUUUUCGUUAGCAAACCUAUGUCAUUGAAAAAAAAAGGUCUUGAGAGAAAUUUAGCAACUUAAGUAAAAUUACAGUUUUUGUUUUCGGUAUUAUAAUAGUGAAACUUUAUAUGGACAAUUUUUUUGUGGGGAGCUGUCUGAAUCAGUUCACAAGUGCUUUUUAAAGCUUAUGUAUGCAUAUGGAGUUUUAAAUUAACGUUAGUUCAGGUAUGCAUGGUUAUGUUUUUACUUAUGAUGCCUAACCCUGGAUUUCAGAUUUAUUUGUGGCUUGACAGUAACUGUUAUAAAAGUAAUGAAGCUGGAUGUAAAUAUUAAGGAAACUUGUCAUGAUCCUGGAAGAGGGUUGUCCUUGCUUUCUUCUCAGAAAACAAUACUUUCAGACUUAGAUGACCAGGAGUUUUGACGAAGAGCCAGCUCUGAUGCCUAUGGAAGUAACAUAGGGACAUGCUGAGCCUUUACUUCAUUGAUUUCUUAAGUCUGUUUUAUAUAGAAAUUUAUAAAUUGAAUGAAAACCUAGAUUAGAGUUAUUGGAGAGUACAAUGGAUAAGUAGGUCUACAUCUGUGUAAGUGGUGGUUAAAUUGCUGCCUUAGACUUAUUUAAAUAAAAAUGUUUUUAUAUUAUGUAUAUGCAGAACCAUGAGCUUCAUAUAUAAGAAAUUCUGACACCCUUUAGUCCAGCUCCAUAUUGUUUCAGUAUCUGAAGUGUUACUGUAUGAUUGCAUGUGUUUGGAUGGAGCCAGAAUCAUGUUUGAGGCUUUUUGGUUCCAUCUUUCUCACUGCAGGCCUGCAUGUGCCAUGUGUCUACCUGAGAAAACUCCCUUCAGAAAGUCAAGCGAUCAUUCUGGAGCUGCUUCUGAUGCAGUGCAAAAGGAGCAGAAAUCUGGAGAGUUGCACUGGGUUCAGAAGUGCUUUGGUGCACAUGGCAUGCACGGGUCUCUUUGUAUUCUGGCCUGUUAAGCAUACUUCUGCAGAACAUACCUUUGCCAUUAUAAUUGCUCAGUUGCUUCCUUUUAUGUUGGAAAUAUGUGGUGUGUGUGUGUCUGUGUUUUCUUUUUCAGGCUUUGAAUUGUAUUCCAUGGUGCCUUCAAUCUGCCCUCUAGAAACCCUCCAUAACUCCUUGUCAUUAAAGCAGGUGGAUGAAUUUCUUGCUUCCAUUGCUGCCUCUCCUUUGUACGACAGAUUUCAAGCCGCAUCCACAUUUUCUCUGCGUAAUUACCUUUUAUGUCUUUUAUUUCGCAAACUGCAAAACGCUGCUGGCCAUAGGCAAUCCACUGAAUACUAGGAUUUAGUGUUUCCCGGUGUGGGACUGAUAAACUGUUUCAGAUUUAAUCAAAUAAGUAUUUCCUCAUUUUCCCCAUGAAUUGGCAUAUAACCACACCACCCACACUGCAGCUGUCUUCUUGGCUGUCCUUGGAAGUGUAAGAGAAUGCAGUUUUACUCAAAUUAGUCACACAAUAUGACUAUAACACAUACCCUGCAUGUAUGCUGUGCAAAAUUUCUGUAUAAUGACAACACUUAUUUGUGCAAUUAAAAACUGCUAAGCUCCAAAGAAGUGGGGCUUCCAUUCUACCCCUCCACUCCACACAUAUGUCCCAUAGCUAAGCUAGAAACUUUGUUUCAAAAACUUAGGCAACUUCAGAUAGAGUUGCUGAGGUGGGGGAAAUGAAGAUCCUGCUUGGCACAUACAGUGGUACCUCGGGUUACAUACGCUUCAGGUUACAGACGCUUCAGGUUACAGACUCCGCUAACCCAGAAAUAGUGCUUCAGGUUAAGAACUUUGCUUCAGGAUAAGAACAGAAAUUGGGCUCUGGCGGCGCGGCGGCAGCGGGAGGCCCCAUUAGCUAAAGUGGUGCUUCAGGUUAAGAACAGAUUCAGGUUAAGUACGGACCUCCGGAACGAAUUAAGUACUUAACCUGAGGUACCACUGUACCUCUCUGUAUACUUGAAGUAGCUUAUUGGACCCUGAACACUAUGAUGCCUAUAGCACAUUAUUCUCUUUCCGCUCGAACAAUGCCAUGCAGAUUUCUUGAUAUUUCUGUAACUAACUGUAAAUGAUAAGUUCCCAAAUUCCAUAGUAGGGCAAUACCUUUAUUAGGGCAUCCAAACUCGUACAAAAUAUUGAGAAAGCUUUUGAGCUGUCCAGAAUUCUUUGUCAGGCUAGGUUUUAAGCAGAGCGAGAAGUGAGGGGAUCAAAAAAUGGGCCUAGUGUUGAAACCAUGAAGCCUGCAUUGUGCUUGGUCUCAAGAUGGACCAUGGGUAACAGACUUAAUAUAUUUCACAUUCCAAGGUGCAAUGCGGGUUUCAAGUUACACCUGCUAGGAUGAAAGAACACAAAAUGUCUGAUUUUGUAAAUUUAAAAUUCUCCAGACCUGCCUCUAACUUUAAGCAAAAUUCUCAAGUUCCUUGUGGUAGAAAACAGCAGUAAAGAGAAGCAUAACAGUUUUUAAAUUAGCAAAUCUUGGUGCACUAAGUCAAAAAAGUGAGUAGAAGCUGAGUUAGGUAUCUUAACCUAGUACUCAGAGAUAAUAUGCUCUGAGGAAAAAGUUAUUUAUUCAGGCAGUAUUAGACCCUCUUACUCUAGUUUAUUAUCCUACUCUUCAAUAGCUAAAUUUAGUAGUCUGCAAGCCAUACACAAAGAAGAAGUACAUAAGAAAAAUAUCAAAAUACAUAUUUGGCCAGAUACCUAUUUUCUGUGCAUGCAUGCCAACUUCAGUUAGUAGACAGCUUUCAGGUUUGCCUAAAUAGGUUUCUUGGAAGCAAAAAAGAUGACUGUUUAAUAGUUUAAACAUGACGUUGACAGAAACCUAUAGCUCCAUGUUGAUGAAGAGAAAUAUUGGAGCAUAAUAUGUUCACUGUACUAUUCACAUAAAAACAAUGUACACACUUUUCAGAGGCAUUGUUCAAAGAAUAAUACAGCCUUUGUUGAUACUUUAUAUAAUCUCUGCUUCUUCAGCAUUGACAACAUCCAGUUACUUGAGAAAGAAUAAGAUAAAAUAUCUUUGUAACUUUUAUUAACCCUUUUAGCUUCGCCAUCAUUUCUGGAUGCAAGAAAAAACUCUUUAAAUACAUACACCCCUGCAAAAAUCCAACCAACGCCACAAGAAGACCCUUUGAGUCGGCGAGAAUGUUCCUCGACUAUGUCAAGUAAGUAAUACUUGAAAAAAACCUUUUCACAUCCAUCUUAAUUAUUAACAAGAACAGUCUGAGAUUGUUCAGAAACAUUUUGCUUUAUACUUUAAGAAAUUUGAGAGCAUUUUGGUGUGGAUUGGUCUUAUUUUUCUGUCUCAUUAUGAUGCAUUAGACAAGAAGCGGUUUGGAGGCUCCAGCGAGAUCUCAUGGAUCUCUCACAAGAUCUCACUGGAACCUGCAACCACAUGAUUUCAGUAAGUGAGGCUUCGGCAGAGGGGAGGCAGCAACUUCCCAUUCACCUCAGACAGUGACCAGGGAAAGACUGCCCCUGGCUCCCAUCCUAAUUUUAUUUUUGUCAAGUUUCAGAGAUAUCGUAAUAUUGGGCAUGACAUAGCCAAAGUUGUAUUGGUUUCAGUGUUUUAAGUUUCUCCUCCUGAAAGCUAACUGACACUAAAAUGCUUGUUUGUCUUGAUCAUGUGUUUAUUAUUAUUAUUAUUCGCCAUAAGAAACAUGAUCCUGUUUUGCUUGUGUGCAGGUACCAGUGUUUUUUCGCCUCCUGUUUGAUACAUCAUAAAAUGCCAAAAAAAGAGUUAAAACAAUACUUGCUUAGCACUGGUGGUUAAACUGUCUCAGAAGAAAUGAAGCAGUUCGAGGAAAACUGGAAGGUGCUGCCAAUGCCAUCUUUAGCAGUGUAUAUUUCUUUGUAGACAAAUAAGUUAGCUUUAAAAAGCUAUUCAUUUCUCUCUGUGUAAGUAUGUGUUUCCCUGUAUAUAAAAUAAUUACUGAAGUGCAUAUAUAGUAUAUAUUCAGGAAAGGUGAUUUCUUUGUUUCUAAAGUAUGAAAAGCAAAGAUGUUUACACCAUUGUUUUAAGGAAAUUGUUAUCUUUUAACAGAGAAACUGCACACGACAUUUACCAUCUUUGCUGUCCUAAAUUAACGCACAAACCAAAACAGCCUACCAUACUGGUUUGCAUUAUAAAGGAGCAGCUAAUAGGGAGAUAGGAGAGGGGUAGAAAAAGCCACCAUUUCCUUUUUGCCCUACAGUAGACCUUAAAGCCCGGACAUGAAAACUUAUUCAUCACCAAAGCACAUUAAUAGGACUCUGCUUAACAGAUGCCUUUAUGAAUGUCAAUCUGUGACAGCAUCUCAGUGGUUGGUUCUUUCCCCUCUGGUAGAAAUGCAUAAUGGAGCUGGAUGAUAAAUGAAAAGCACUUAAGCCCUCAUACUUUGAAGGUGCACACACCAUUACCUGAAAAAUAAAAGGUCAGAUUACUUUGAGCCACUUAAGUGCUAAUAUAAUAAUUGUAAUAUUAGAAAGGUUCAUUGUUAGAAAGAAAGCUGUGUUAUUUUAUGAGGAAGAAACAGCUUAAACUCAUUUCACAGAGAGUUUUUAUUGGCGCCUGGCUCCAGUUUUUGAAAAACAGCAGAAAACUGCAAUAUGAAGUGGCUGAACAGCUAUACCUUCUUUGGAACUUCUCAAGGCUCCAAGUAACUUAAAGGCAGAUGAAAUAGUAAACAUUAGAACAAAAAACACCUGCAACACGAGAGACCAUUGUUUUAUAGGGAAAUAUUUUGCUUCCAAUUCUGAAGGGCCUGGCAUAUGCCCACUACCAAACUUAAGGAACUCACUGUCAGUGGUGAUCUGUGUCACAUCUUUUCUCCUUCAUCAGCAGCUGUGCUGGGGGAAAAAGACAUAGGUCUUGACUCCUCUCCAUGGUAGUCCUGCUUAAAUGGGCUAAAGUCAGGGAUAGUAUUUCAAUCUUACACCUGAGUGCAAAAUAUUGUUUUUUGAUCCCUACCCCAGCUUAAAUGUGGCUUCUGCAAAUAUCUCUGCCUUCCUAUUGCUUUCAGCCAUAUGGAGGUACAGGUUAACAAUUCUGGUACUGCUUAGGUGAUUAAAGGUCUCUAUUGUAUUGUAUUUGUGAAUUAAGAGCUAAUUACUAGUAUGUUGCCUAAACUGACACCUGGCACACACAGUCUUUACCUGGGAGCAUCUCUUUUUUAAAUACAUUUCCAAAGAGAGCAAUUUUUGUUUGGGUAUAGGUAUGCUGGGUACAGAUGACAUGCCCUUUAAUUUCCUUGUUCUUUGCAUGUUUACACCAGACCCUUGACAUUCAGAUAUACUUUGGUUGUUAGUGUCUGUGCUUUAUGAGCUCCUCUCCUAAAAGUAAUUUCCUGUUUACACUUUUCCUAAAUGCUCUUCUAUUUUGUUGCAAAGAUGACUUUCUUCAAGAGAUUUCUGCAGAAUACUGCUUAAAGCAUAGUUCACGUGUGGAUAACAGGGCUUCAUCAAAGCAGAAACAGCUGGUCUGUUAAUAUUCCAUGCUGGGAACUUUCUAUAUGUGCAGAUUAUAUUGUCAAGUUUUGAAAUUAAAAGAAAUUGUAGCAUUACCAAAUCUACAUAAUUACUGUUUCAGCACUGAACACUUGAACAUAAACCAAUACAGCUAAUGUUCCCAUCAUUGUCCUUCUCAUCUCUGCUGUUAGUUAAAGACAGCUGAAGAUUUUAUUAGUGCUAUGAAAAUCUUGAGAAAUCUUGGUGUUCUUUCAAAACAUAUUCAGGUUUGUCAAUUGUACUAAGAUUUCCUUUGUGACAUGAUUAAUUGAAUGCCUUUUAUUUUCAUUAUAAAAUAUAAUGGAUUGGGUCCAGGCUUAGUAAGUUUGGACCCACUGAAAUCAAUGAGGCUUAACUAACUUGUCCUAUAUCUCUCAGUGAGUGUACUCUAAGUGUUAAUUAGUCUGAGUCCAACCCAGGGAUUAAUAUUAAUGUGAUUCUCAUCAACAGCAAUAUUUUCCUGUUAAAUACCAGGAGACCUACCUUCAAAUAUAAUUGUUGUUGUUUUCUGUGUUUUUUAAAAAGGCUUUGAUUCUCAUCCUGGCAAUUGUCCAUGAAAGUGGAUUUGCUAAUUAUACUUGCCAUUGCAUUGCUGUGCAUAUUUCAUAUGAGGUCAUAUGAUAAAUUCUUAAGUAUGGUUUAAGAUACCAAAUAUAUAAUAGAUUCGUAACUACUCAUUGCAAAAAUUUCAUUAUCUAUAAUGUAAGUUUAUAAUAUGGACAAUGUUUGUCUUGCUCACCUCUGAAUGUAUAAGUUAUGUUUACUGUUUUUCUAUAAGAAAAUGUUAUAAUUUAAGUGUGCAUAUCAUUCCAGACAACCAAAGCUUUGGCAUAUUUUUGAUCUGCUCUUAAAUAAAAGAGUCAAUAGCAACAGAUAGUGUCUGUUCUGUGUAUUCUAUAAUAAAUUCUUAACUCUCACUU